CCUCUACCCACACAAAGAUGGCGGCGUCCUGAAUAUAGAUCGGGACAGAAAAUAAAGAUUAAAAAAUAGGUAAUGUGGGGGGCUUAGGGGCAUUUGGGGGCGACUAGGGGGUCAAUUAAAGAUAGUGGAGGCGGGAGAGGGGUUAAAAAAAAACGGGAUUUGGCCAUGACAGUGCCGCUUUAAUAGUAAGCUAAAGUUAUCAUAGCAGGAGAACUACUGAAGAUGAGAUUGUGAGAGGGAGCGCUAAGAGAGGGCUAGGAAGAUAGACUAAGAGAGAGAGAGAGAGAGAGAGAUCAUUUUACAGAGACAUGUAGUGUGUACAGUAUAUCUCUGUAUUGCAGCUCUGUGUAAUCCAUCACAAUGAUCCUGGCUGUGUGGAGUAGUUAUGAGUAUCUCAUUAUUGUUCCCAGUUCUGUGUUAUUUAUCUGUAUUUUACUCAGCUCUGCUAGUUGUAUGGGUUUGUGUGUAGUUUACCAAGCUCUGUGUAUUGUGUAGGUAUCUUUGUGUUGCGCCCAGCUCUGUGUAUGAAAUCUCUUUUUUUUUCUCAGCUCUGUUUGUGGUAUGGUUAUCUCUGUAUUGUGUACGCAGCUUUAUGUAUUUAUAAAUCUUUAGAUUAUCUAUAGAUUGUAGAUCUUUAUGUUGUGCCCAGCUUGUUUAAUUGUAUGAUUAUCUAUGUAUUAUGCUUAGCUCUCUGUAUUGUAUAAGGAUCUCUGUAUUAUGCUUAGCUCUCUGUAUUGGAUGAGGAUCUCUGUAUUAUGCUUAGCUCUCUGUAUUGUAUGAGAAUCUCCGUAUUGUGCAAAGCUCUCUGUAUUGGAUGAGAAUCUCCGUAUUGUGCUUAGCUCUCUGUAUUGUAUGAGUAUCUCCGUAUUAUGCUUAGCUCUCUGUAUUGGAUGAGUAUCUCUGUAUUAUGCUUAGCUCUCUGUAUUGUAUGAGGAUCUCUGUAUUAUGCUUAGCUCUCUGUAUUGGAUGAGAAUCUCUGUAUUGUGCUUAGCUCUCUGUAUUGUAUGAGUAUCUCUGUAUUAUGCUUAGCUCUCUGUAUUGGAUGAGAAUCUCUGUAUUAUGCUUAGCUCUCUGUAUUGUAUGAGGAUCUCUGUAUUAUGCUUAGCUCUCUGUAUUGGAUGAGUAUCUCUGUAUUAUGCUUAGCUCUCUGUAUUGUAUGAGGAUCUCUGUAUUAUGCUUAGCUCUCUGUAUUGGAUGAGUAUCUCUGUAUUAUGCUUAGCUCUCUGUAUUGGAUGAGGAUCUCUGUAUUAUGCUUAGCUCUCUGUAUUGGAUGAGGAUCUCUGUAUUAUGCUUAGCUCUCUGUAUUGGAUGAGGAUCUCUGUAUUAUGCUUAGCUCUCUGUAUUGGAUGAGGAUCUCUGUAUUAUGCUUAGCUCUCUGUAUUGGAUGAGUAUCUCUGUAUUAUGCUUAGCUCUCUGUAUUGGAUGAGUAUCUCUGUAUUAUGCUUAGCUCUCUGUAUUGGAUGAGUAUCUCUGUAUUAUGCUUAGCUCUCUGUAUUGGAUGAGUAUCUCUGUAUUAUGCUUAGCUCUCUGUAUUGGAUGAGGAUCUCUGUAUUAUGCUUAGCUCUCUGUAUUGGAUGAGAUCUCUGUAUUAUGCUUAGCUCUCUGUAUUGGAUGAGAUCUCUGUAUUAUGCUUAGCUCUCUGUAUUGGAUGAGUAUCUCUGUAUUAUGCUUAGCUCUCUGUAUUGGAUGAGUAUCUCUGUAUUAUGCUUAGCUCUCUGUAUUGGAUGAGUAUCUCUGUAUUAUGCUUAGCUCUCUGUAUUGGAUGAGUAUCUCUGUAUUAUGCUUAGCUCUCUGUAUUGGAUGAGGAUCUCUGUAUUAUGCUUAGCUCUCUGUAUUGGAUGAGUAUCUCUGUAUUAUGCUUAGCUCUCUGUAUUGGAUGAGUAUCUCUGUAUUAUGCUUAGCUCUCUGUAUUGGAUGAGUAUCUCUGUAUUAUGCUUAGCUCUCUGUAUUGGAUGAGUAUCUCUGUAUUAUGCUCAGCUCUCUGUAUUGGAUGAGAAUCUCUGUAUUAUGCUUAGCUCUCUGUAUUGUAUGAGUAUCUCUGUAUUAUGCUUAGCUCUCUGUAUUGGAUGAGUAUCUCUGUAUUAUGCUUAGCUCUCUCUCUGUAUUAUGCUCAGCUCUCUGUAUUGGAUGAGAAUCUCUGUAUUAUGCUUAGCUCUCUGUAUUGUAUGAGUAUCUCUGUAUUAUGCUUAGCUCUCUGUAUUGGAUGAGGAUCUCUGUAUUAUGCUUAGCUCUCUGUAUUGGAUGAGAAUCUCUGUAUUAUGCUUAGCUCUCUGUAUUGUAUGAGUAUCUCUGUAUUAUGCUCAGCUCUCUGUAUUGGAUGAGAAUCUCUGUAUUAUGCUUAGCUCUCUGUAUUGUAUGAGUAUCUCUGUAUUAUGCUUAGCUCUCUGUAUUGUAUGAGGAUCUCUGUACUGUAUAGGGAGGAGUAAAAUGCUGGGGGAGGAGUCUGGAGCCCCACCAUUUUAAAACUUCACCAGCCACUGGAUCUAAGAUGGAGGCACCCAUUUGCAGAAUAAAGAGGUGCUGAUUUUAGAUUUAGAUUUAUUUAUAACACCUCAGAAAUAUAUAUUUAAUAAAUAUAGGGAUAAAUAAACAUAAUAUAAAAAAUUCUGGAAAGUGACAGUUCCACUUCAAAGUGAGCAAGACUUGCUUAAAGUCAUAAAACAUACCUAUAUUUUAUCUUAAAGGACUAAUCCAACCACCACAACCACUUCUGCUUUUUGAAGUGGUCAUGGUUGUAGGAGUCUGGAUGUGCAAUAUUACAGGUUGAACUCUGUUCUGAGCUGCCUAAUAUCAAUUAUGUGCACAAAAAAAAGUCUGUGAUCGGUGCACAAUACACACUGCCAGCAGACGUAACUGCAUCUCCCAUGCAGCCAGAGCUGUUAGAUUUGUCCGAUCUGUAGUUUUUGUGAUCAGUAACCACAAUUUCAAUUUCAGCUGCAUUCAAUUUGGCUGAGUGAAGCAAAUUAACCAAUCAAAAUAAAUAUAAAAUUUUUGCAAUGGCGGCUUAGUUCCCCUCCCCCCAGCCCUCCCCCACCUUAAUUUUCCUAUUUUGCAGCAGUAAAAUUCAUAACCGGACAAUUUCAUAAUUCUUUAUUUAAUAUUUCUCUUUUAAAAAUUCUAUUACUUAUAACUGUAUAUAAAAAAAAAAAAUGAGUUUAAUAAUGAAGAAGCUACAAGCAAACCCAUGUUUAUAACGCAUUGCUGUCACAUAGAGUUUAUGAAAUUAUGCUGUUUUGGAGUUGUUGGUAGAUUUCGAUUAAAAAAAAUUAAUCGUGGGAAAAGCUAUUACCCUUUUUCAUUCUUAGGAAGACCCUCCUAUACUGUUAUUACCUUUUUACAUAGUCAGAGUCACUCUGCUUCAAGAAAUCCGCUGUACCUCAUUCCUCAUUCCACCAGCAUUCUUAAAUGCGGAUGAGGUCAAAACACUCAUUUAGAUUUGCUGAGUUUCAACUGUACAGUACCAAAAGUCAAAGUUGAAACCGUAGUUUGAGACACGCACAACAUAAAAGGACUUUUAUAUUUAUUGUGAAUGUCUCUUGUAUUUUUUAUGAAAGCAUAUGUGGCGGUCUGCCAGAAUAUCACCGCCACGGAUGCCCUUUUCCCAAAUACACAAACAUGAAUAAUCGCAAAGGUAAAAGUAUCACGGCUGUUCCAUAACCCCCAUACAUGAGCCAAAGUUUAAUACUGGGGGAAGACUGCUUUAUUUGGAGCCACACAUGGGUUUUUAUGCAAAAGCCCCAACACAGGGUUUUUUAAUACAGAAAAACAGGGAAAUCCCUCCCAUGAUCCUCUGUACCUGAGAGAUAAUUAUCAGAAUACACAUGACUAAUUCAGUUAUCUCUCAGAGACAGAAAAAUCAUAAAUUUCUUAACCACCCCAAAAUACAUGGAAACCCCACAAAAGUCACAACCCCGGCUAUCCUGGAUCUGGGCGAACAUUAUAUCCAAAAAUCACCCAGAUCCGUUUGGUAGUUUUGGAUCGCCAUCGCAGGGAAGUUCUGACCGGUCUGCCACAAGGUUGAAGCCCAAAAUAGUUCUAGGGAAAUUGUGGCAAGAGCCAGUCUCUGUUCCUGGGGUUUUGUACGAAAACCAUAUACCGUAUAUACUCGAGUAUAAGUCGACCCGAAUAUAAGUCGAGGCACCUAAUUUUACCCCCAAAAACUGGGAAAACGUAUUGACUCGAGUAUUAUUUAUUUAUAAAAUAUUUUACCAGGAAAGAUACAUUGAGAUUUCUCUCGUUUUCAAGUAUGUCCUGGGUACACAAAUCAUUGCAUUGUUACAUUAGAGUACAACAAAAUACAAAAACAAUAUUAAUACACUAUAUAUACAAAAUAAGCCUAGGGUGGGAAAUACAGCAGCUACUGGUAAAUGUCUAAAUAAAAUUAGAACCCCCAAAAAUUAUAUUAAUUAAAUAUUUAUUUACAGUGUGUGUGUAUAUAAUGAAUGCAGUGUGUGUGUCUGUUUGUGUAGUGUGUGUAUAUAAUGAAUGCAGUGUGUAUAUACAAUGAAUGCAGUGUGUGUGUGUAUUUAAUGCAGAGUGUGUGUGUGUAUAUAUUAUGCAGUGUGUGUGUAUGAAUGCAGUGUGUGUAUGUGAUGCAGAGUGUGUGUGUGUAUGUGAUGCAGAGUGUGUUUGUGUAUGUGAUGCAGAGUGUAUAACCUUGGUGGGUGGAGGGCAUUUUUAUUAUUUAUUUUUUUAUUAUUUUACUAUUAAAUUUUAUUUUAAUUUUUUUAAUAUUAUUACAUUUUUGUUUUGUUUUAUUAUAAUAUUUAAAAAAAAUUUUUAUUUUUUUGUCCCCCCUCCCUGCUUGAUACAUGGCCAAGGAGGGGGGCUAUAUUAUUCCCUGGUGGGGAUGUGCCGAAAAACUUGCCUUAUACUCGAGUAUAUACGGUAAGGUUGUCCCAACCACGUGCGUUCGCAUGCACGAAAUGGUGGCCACCCGGUGGAGCAUUCUGUGGUGGAAUCUCGGUAAAAAUAAAUUUAGUAGGCCGAGAUUACCACGUGGCAUGUGUACGUGCAUAUGCUGACGUAUCGAUCAGUUGGUUGCACGAGGCAAGAUACGAUCAGUAGUGUACGGAGCAUGUGCAAGAAUACAGGAUGUAGUAUUCCCCUCCUCCAUUGUGCUGGACAAGCCAUGCGGUCAAGCAGGAAGUUAAUUCUUAUUUGUAAUGAUUGGUCAAGAGAAUGUGCGGGUGGAGCUUAAUAUGGGAGGAGUUAUGUGCCUAUAUAGGGAGCCUGCACUAUUGUUCAGGGCUCAGAACUUGCUGUAUUUUUGGUGACAUUAGUCCCUCUGAGUCCCGAUCGGUGAUCCAAUAAAGAAUCUCUUCCUUCCUGAAGAAACCUGUGUCCAUCCCUCUGUGCUUUGCUUCCGUCAGUUUCUCCGGUAUCAUUUGGUGCAUUGGCCGGGAAGCUCAUCGUUCAACGGUAGCUGAGAGGCAGAGGCGUGAGACGGUCUAUCUUUGCCCACGUUCUCUACGGCUGCACCCCUGAACUUCUGCGUGGACCUCCCUUCGUCUCGGCGCCACUGGUCUGUUGUCCAGGAGAUCAUCGGCCUCUACGUAAGAAGUGCUGGGGUGUCCCCGUCGAUGAGUGUGAACUCAGGUUCAGGAACGAGGAGGUAAGACAACUGCUGUUUUAGACGGCAGACCCACUAGGGGUAUACCGAUUGUGCGGUAGGCCCAAAAGGGGUUUAAAUCUGUGUAUGGAAUCUGCCCCCUCUGUCGGAGGGAAGGAGCGAAGGCGCACCGCUCGAUCGAACGCUCUUUAGUAAGACCGUUUGAUCUGGUUAGUCAGGCGGGGUCCUGUGUAAAUAGCCCUAGCCGGACACCGGUGUCUUGUCUAGACUAGCGUUCUAGGGUGUAUAUUACGUUCGCUAGGUCGGAGGGACCGGGAGACUAAGCGGCGCCUGUGUAAAUUCGGUUCGCUAGCUCUCAACCUAUCUUGGCUAAGUGGGAAGGCGUGUAAAUUUGGAACCCACUAGACUUUUGAUAGAGUAAAUAGACUAGAAGGGCAAUUUUGUAAAUUUCGCCCUCUAGUUCGCUAUAUGUGGUGUUUGGGCAGUGUGGCUAACCAAAACGGGUGUAUAUAGUUUUAGGUAGUCCAUUCAAGGUACUGGCCAAUAGUUUAGUUGGGAUUGUAAAUGUGUUAAAGAUUGUUAGUAAAGUGUAUAUCUUGUUAGAUAGCGCGAGCUCAGCCGUCUAGCGAGAGUGUUAAUAGUGUGUUGCUGUAUCAUAGUGCACGGUACCAUAACCCUGUAUAUUUACUGACACUGUAUAUAAGUACUAAUCAUUGUCGUCUAUUGCAUGUUUAACACCGUAACCACUAAUAAUUGUAUUGUGACCUUAAAUUGUGCUUUGACCUAUGCUAACCGUACUGUAACCGAUACUAGUAAAAGACGAUGUUACUGGGGUGUGUUAUAGACGGGUAAUUCAUAUAUAGAGAAUUAUAGCGUGGGUGACUGUAUAGUUUCGCCAAAGGGCAUAAUAUUGAUUAUUUAGUGACUGGUGUAACAGCUGUGUGUGUACGGGAAUUCCCUGAGUGAUUAUUGUGUUAUUGUGUACGUUUCACUCGGUAACUGUACCACGUGGUGCUGUUGCCAGAGGAAACGGGUGUGACUGUUGAAUAAGAACGCGUGCAUAGUAUUCGUUGUCAACGACGUUCCAUUGAUAAGUAUGGGCGCGUCAGAGUCAACGAUUUCGGAUCCCUUAGGUUGUAUGGUAAAGAAUUUUAAAAAGGGAUUCAAAACAUGUGAUUUUGGGGUUAAAAUGUCUCCUGUACGUUUGGUCACUUUGUGCACUAGGGAGUGGCCUAUUUUGGUUGCGGCAUGGCCGCCGCGUGGCAGUUUGGAUCCAACCCUGGUACAGCGUGUACACGUGGCUGUGUCAGGUAGGCCUGAACUUUACGGACAGUUUCCAUACAUUGAUUGUUGGGGGCAGGCCGUAAACGACUCGCCAAAAUGGAUCCGGAUAUGCCACGAGGAGCAAUGUCGCCUCAUGGUGGCCAGGACUUGUUUGUCCACUAGGACUGGUGUUAGGCCCAUUUUGGACACGCCCCCUGAGUCCGAGAUCCCUUUGCCGCCUCCUUACUUUCCUUUAAGAGGAAGUGACGCGAAUGCAGGAAGCUCUGCACCCCUUCCCCUAUUGCCCCCAUCCACUUCCGCUUCCUCCUCCAGUACAGAAUCCACCCCCCCUCGUAUUAAAACUCCCCUUCCGGAACCAGGACCAACCCCCAUUAGAUUUGAAUAUCCUGAUUUGGCGCCACUUCAAACUUCCGGUCAAGCUUCUUCUAGCUCGGCUCGGAGUAUACUAUUCACUAACUUUUCCCAAAAUCAAGUUCCCACAUCCUCAUGCCCUAUUACCUCUCGACCGGAACCUUUAACUGACGCCCCUCCACGUAGCCCCAUACUAACCCGACAACUGACCGGUACCCAACAAUUAAAACAUUAUCAGAUGCCUCUUCGUCUGAAUCCUGGGUCAGCCUAUAUCGAUGCCGCAGGUCAAAUGGCACAUGCUGACCCAGUCUUCGUAUAUGUCCCGUUCACGACUACCGAUCUCUUGAAUUGGAAGACCCACAAUUCCUCGUACACUGAGAAACCACAAGCUAUGACCGAUCUGUUCACCUCGAUAGUUCAGACACAUAACCCGACAUGGGCUGAUUGCCAGCAGUUAUUAAUGACAUUGUUCAAUAAUGAGGAAAGGACAAGGAUUAACCAAGCGGCCAUUAAGGCGCUAGAGGAGAGAGCCCGUGCUUUAAAUCAAGCCAAUCCGGCAGCAUGGGCCGCAACACAUUACCCUAACACCGAUCCUGACUGGAAUGUAAAUGGCGCAGAUAUGGCUCAACUUAAAGCCUAUAGAGAUGCUAUAAUUGCUGGCAUGAAAGCCGGAGGGAAGAAAGCUAUUAACAUGUCGAAGACAGUUGAGGUGAUUCAGAAAAGUGAUGAAGCGCCCAGUGUCUUUUAUGACCGAUUAUUGGAGGCAUACCGCUUGUAUACCCCCUUUAAUCCGGAAGACGCUGAUAAUUCCCGAAUGGUAAACUCCGCCUUUGUCAGCCAAGCUUACGGAGAUAUUAAGCGCAAGCUACAGAAAUUAGAAGGGUUUGCAGGUAUGUCUAUCACCCAACUAAUGGAGGUAGCGAACAAAGUAUAUAUGAAUAGGGAAACAGAAAGUAAGAAAGAGGAAGAGCGCAAGAUGCGUAGAAAGGCAGAUAUGCUAGCGGUAGCGAUCGCAGGCGUAGAUAGACGGGGCCCAGAUAGAGGCGAUGGUAGAUGGAAUAGGGAGCCUUUGAGUAGGAAUCAGUGCGCGUACUGUAAGGAAGAAGGGCAUUGGAGGAACGAGUGUCCGCAAAGAGAGCAGUAUGAGAGAGACUUACCCAGGGCAGGUUACGGAAACUUUAGAGGCAGAGCGAGAGGUAGAGGAGGCCCCGGAGGGAGUAAUGGUAAUAGAGGGAGUAAUGGGAACAGAGGAAGUGUAAGGGAAGAUAGGUACUAUCCAGCAGCGCAAAGGUCCCGCGAUAGAGAAGGUAGGGACUUUGUGGGAUUGGCUGACACGGUCAUGGAGGACUAUUGAUACCGACCGGGCUCCAUCCCCCUUGGUCGAGCGGAGCCUAUGGUCGAUGUAUCAAUAGGGGGAAAAAGGAGUGCGUUUAUGAUCGACACUGGUGCUGAACAUUCGGUGGUGACUAAUCAAGUUGCUCCUCCAUCUGGAAGAACUAUUACUGUAAUAGGAGCAACUGGAAGAAGUGCUGAAAAACCGGUUCUUAAAAGUCGACUCUGUACAUUGGGAGGCCACGUAGUAAAACAUCAAUUCCUUUAUAUGCCUGAGUGUCCAGUCCAAUUGCUGGGACGUGAUAUGCUAUCCAAAUUACAAGCGCAGAUUACGUUCCUACCAAAUGGAACAACAUCCUUAAAGUUUAAUGGACCCUCAGGUAUUAUGACAUUGUCCGUACCAAAGGAAGAAGAGUGGCGACUUUAUACAGUGUUGACUAGCCAAAACCCGAGGAGUGAUGAAUCCUUAUUUAACAUACCAGGAGUUUGGGCAGAGAACAACCCACCAGGACUGGCCCGCAAUAUUCCACCUAUUAAAAUCGAACUAAAACUUGGGGUUUAUCCAGUAAGCCUGAGACAAUAUCAUAUUCCGCAGAAGGCUAAGAAGAACAUCCAAUCUUAUCUGGAUAAGUUCAUACGGUAUGGUAUCCUAAAAUUCUGUACUUCCCCCUGGAACACCCCAUUGCUGCCUGUUCAAAAGCCCGGUACAGAUGAGUAUCGACCUGUGCAGGACUUGAGAGCAGUCAAUGAUGCGGUUGUUAGUAUACAUCCAGUCGUGCCCAAUCCAUAUAACCUGCUUGCUUUAAUUCCGGGCGGGGCUACUUACUUUACAGUCUUAGAUCUCAAAGAUGCCUUCUUUUGCCUCCGAAUUGCCGCAGAAAGCCAAUGUAUCUUCGCUUUCCAAUGGGAAAAUGCUGUAACGGGCUCGAAACGCCAAAUGACCUGGACAAGAUUGCCCCAGGGGUUUAAAAAUUCACCUACCCUAUUUGGUUCAGCUCUAAGUCAAGAUCUACUAGAUUUCGAGUCUAUCCCAGGAGAGUGUGUAUUAUUACAAUAUGUAGAUGACUUGUUGAUAGCAGCAGUUACAAAGGAAGUAUGUCAGCAAGCAACGCACGAUCUACUACACAUUCUCUGGAAGGCAGGAUACAAGGUGUCAAGAAGGAAGGCUCAGUUGUGUUUGCCAACUGUCAAAUAUCUGGGAUUCCAUAUCUCUGAAGGUCAAAGAAUUAUGGGGCCAGAGAGAAAAGAAGCUGUGUGCCAAAUACCGAUACCCAGGAAUAGAAGACAAGUGCGAGAAUUCUUGGGGGCAGCAGGCUUCUGUAGGAUAUGGAUUCCCAGCUACGCGAUACUGGCAAAACCUCUGUAUGCAGCUAUCAAAGGUACAGAGCACGACCCCUUCUUAUGGACUCAAGAACAGCAAACGGCAUUCGAAGAUGUGAAGAGGGCUUUGAUGAGUGCCCCAGCAUUAGGUCUACCUGACCACACACGGCCAUUCUACCUGUAUGUACAUGAGCAAAGAAGAAUGGCUGUGGGAGUAUUGACACAGUACUUGGGAUCAUGGCAAAGACCUGUUGCCUACAUGUCUAAGCAACUGGAUGCAGUGGCCAGCGGACUUCCACCUUGUCUAAGAGCUGUAGCUGCAGCCGCCCUGCUAGUAGCUGAAGCCGAUAAACUCACUCUGGGUCAAGAACUUUAUGUACGAGUUCCACAUGCAGUACAGACGUUGUUGGAUUACAAAGGAAAUCAUUGGUUUAGUAACAGCCGUAUGACCAAGUAUCAAGCAAUGUUGUGUGAAAACCCAAGAGUGCAUUUAGAGACUGUAAAUACCUUAAAUCCAGCUACCCUUUUGCCACAACCUACUGAAAGUCAACAUGAUUGUUUGGAAGUAAUGGAUGAAGUAUUUUCAAGUAGACCAGAUCUUCGUGAUUUUCCCAUCCAGAACCCUGAUGUUCAAUAUUACACCGACGGCAGUAGUUAUGUAAAAGAAGGGAUCCGCUAUGCAGGAUAUGCAGUAACAACGAUAGACAAGGUGAUAGAAGCUCGGCCACUGGCAAAAGGAACAUCAGCACAAAAGGCAGAAUUGAUAGCACUGACACGAGCGUUACAAUUGGCUGAAGGUUUAAGAGUGAACAUCUACACGGACUCCAAGUAUGCGUUUUUAACCACUCAUGCCCACGGAGCUUUGUAUAAAGAAAGAGGACUAUUGAAUUCAGAAGGCAAAGAAAUCAAAUACGCAGCUGAGAUCCUACAACUAUUGGAAGCAGUGUGGGAGCCGAAAGAAGUCGGUAUUAUACAUUGUCGGGCGCAUCUGAGAGGAGAUGGUGAUGUAACCAAAGGGAAUCGGAUGGCAGAUAGUGCAGCUAAGCGUGCUGCUGAAUCAGGAAGACAGGAAUAUGUGGGGCAUAUAGCUGCUCUUAUACCAACUCCACUGUCUCAAUGGACUCCAAUUUAUACAGCUCAAGAAGAGGAGUGGUUAAGGACUGAACCUGGAAAGUAUUUGGAGAACAAAUGGUAUCAGUUAGAAGAUGGAAGAAUAGUUAUUCCAGCAUCACUAGCGGUAGAAAUUGUCCAAAACUAUCAUAACGGGACACAUUCUGGGAGAGACAGUACAGAAGAAUCUCUCAGAAAACAUUUCUACAUACCAAGAUUGUCCAACUUGACUCAGGCCAUUGUACGUAGAUGUGUAACGUGUGCUAAAAAUAAUGCAAGACAAGGACCAGUAAAGCCACCAGGAGUCCAGUUUAUGGGGGGACUUCCCAUGUCCGAUUUACAAAUUGACUAUACAGUGAUGCCUAAAUCGGGUGGACAUCGCUACCUGCUGGUAGUGGUGUGCACCUAUUCAGGCUGGGUAGAAGCAUGUCCUACUCGUACAGAGAAAGCAGGAGAAGUCGUGAGAUUCCUGCUACGAGAAAUAAUACCCCGAUAUGGACUACCCUGCUCUAUAGGAUCGGACAAUGGUCCAGCUUUUGUUCAUCAGUGCCUACAACAAUUGACUCAUAUGCUUGGUAUAAAGUGGAGGCUUCAUACGGCAUAUAGACCCCAGAGUUCUGGUAAGGUAGAGAGAAUGAAUAGAACUAUUAAGAAUCAGUUGGCUAAAAUGUGUCAGGAAACCCAACUUAAGUGGAACGUUCUCUUGCCCAUAGCUCUAUUGCGAAUCCGUAGUACACCUACCAGAAGGAUGGGCCUCUCUCCUUUUGAAAUCAUGUACGGGCGACCACCUCCCGUGCUUGGUAACUUAAGGGGGGAUUUGAGUCAGUUGGGAGAAGGAAUUACCCGGCAGCAGGUUGUAGAGUUGGGUAAGACUAUGGAGGAGGUACAGAAAUGGGUACAAGAUAGAUUACCUGUGAAUAUUUAUCCCCCAAUUCAUAGUUACCACCCAGGCGACCAAGUGUGGAUUAAAGAGUGGAAUAAUGUGCCGUUAGGGCCCAAGUGGAGAGGUCCUUAUGUUGUUCUUCUGUCUACCCCUACAGCGAUAAAAGUAGCCGAAGUGGCUCCGUGGAUACAUCACUCCAGGGUUAAACCAGCAGCAGCCGAUUCCUGGCAAGUUACAGCAAAUCCAGAGAAUCCCUGCAAGAUCCGGUUAAAACGCACGACUCAGUCGGAGUGACGAGGAACCUUGUAGAUUACAAAUUUUAUUGUUUCAGAGACUUGGUAAGUGAGUGAGAAGGCCAUAAUAAAGCCUGUCCACUCACCAACGAGUGUAUAAGUCAGGGAAAGUCUUGAGGGGACCCCUGUGAAGACGAGCAGAACUCCAUUCCCUGCAGCCCUUACAUCCUGGAAGCUGAGGUGCCUUCGCACGGACGAAGACUGAGGAUGACGACGAAAGAUGUAUUUUUAAUAAUGUUUAUUUAUGUGUAUUUUUAUAUUCAGGAAGGUAGAGGUACCAACACUCCUAGCUGUGAGGUAUGCAUUAAGACUACAAGAACAGGUAACCAUAUAUCCCAGACCCUAAUUUGGCAUUCGCAAUAUGAGUGUAAAGGAGAUGUAUCAAGAUGUAGAUACUUAAAUAUAGAAUAUAGUGUGUGUCAUUUAGGAGUAGGAGAACCUAAGUGCUUCAGUCCUGAGUAUCAACCCCGUACAAUUUGGUUGACUCUCAGAAAUGGAGAUUCUCAGGGGACCCUAAUUAAUAAGACGGUAUUAAAAUCCGUAUAUUCUUCAGGUGCUCUGCUAUUUGAUGCGUGUAAAGCAAUAUCAAGUGGUAGAAAGCCGUGGAAUGUAUGUGGGGAUCUUAGAUGGGAGAGGACGUAUGGGUCUAACGAUAAAUAUAUUUGUCCCAGUAGUAAAAAUAAAUAUGUAAGUCCAAGAUGCCCAAAUAGAGAUUAUAACUUCUGCCCAUAUUGGUCUUGUGUGGGGUGGGCGACUUGGGGACAGACAGCAGACAAGGACAUGAUUGUGACUAAGUUGCCUACUAAUCCAUAUUGUAAGUCUAUGGAAUGCAAUCCAAUCCAUAUACUUAUAAAUAACCCUGACAAGUUCUUAGAUAAAUAUGGUAAUUUAUUUGGGUUUCAAAUAUAUGGGACGGGUUUAGACCCUGGGACAAUAUUGUUUAUAGGGAUAGAGACUGAUACGGUAACCUCCCAAACUCAUCAAGUAUACCAUUCCUUUUAUGAAGAGAUGAGCAUAGAUAAUAAGAUCCCCCAUAAUGCUAAAAACUUGUUCAUUGAUUUAGCCGAGAGUAUUGCCGGUAGUCUUAAUGUUACCAACUGCUAUGUGUGUGGAGGUACUAACAUGGGAGACCAAUGGCCUUGGGAAGCAAAGGAGGUAAUGUCCGGUUCUGAGGCAGUUGACCAAUUAAUAUCUACACAAGCCGACUAUCAUAUGAGUGUUAGAGGUAAAUCUGAGUGGAGAUUGAAGACCUCCAUCAUAGGUUAUGUUUGCAUAGCGAGGAAAGGAAUGAUGUAUAAUACUUCUGUAGGAGAAUUAACUUGUCUAGGGCAAAAGCUUAUGAUGAUGAUACAAAGAAUACAACUUGGUGGUCGGCUUCAAAUGUCUCAGAACCAUCUAACCCGUUUGCAAGAUAUGCCAAUUUAAAGGACGUAUGGUUUGAUCUAUCCAUCACAUCUAACUGGAGAGCCCCAGCGAAUUUGUACUGGAUCUGUGGUAAGAAGGCCUAUUCGGAGUUACCACAGGACUGGGAAGGGGCAUGUGUGUUGGGUAUGUUAAAACCAUCCUUCUUCUUGUUGCCUAUUGAAACAGGUGAGACUUUAGGUGUUAAAGUGUAUGAUGUGAAUCAUAGGAAGAAAAGGGGACCCAUAGAGAUAGGUGCCUGGGAAGAUAAUGAAUGGCCUCCCCAGCGUAUUAUAGAUUAUUAUGGGCCAGCCACGUGGGCAGAGGAUGGUACCUUUGGUUAUAGAACCCCUAUUUAUAUGCUCAACCGCAUUAUAAGGUUACAGGCGGUGGUUGAGAUCAUUACUAACGAGACAUCACAAGCGCUCAAUCUUCUAGCGAAGCAUAAUACCAGGAUGAGGACAGCAGUUUACCAAAAUAGAUUAGCCUUGGAUUAUCUUUUGGCAGUAGAGGGAGGUGUAUGUGGGAAGUUUAACCUGAGCAAUUGCUGUCUUCAAAUAGAUGACGAAGGGCAAGCAAUAGCUGAGCUUACUAGCCAUAUGGUUAAACUAGCGCAUGUGCCUACUCAGGUAUGGAAAGGGUACAAUCCAAGUAGUUGGUUUGGUAGCUGGUAUGAGUGGUUUGGAGGGCUUAAGGCAGUGGUAGGUGGAGUCCUACUGAUUUUAAUGUUGUGUCUACUCCUGCCGUGUCUUAUACCCUUAGUAGUUAGGUCUGUGCAAAGCCUGAUAGAAAAUAUAGCAGAGAGGAAGGCUGCUGCACAGAUAAUGGCAAUUUAUAAAUAUAAGGCUCUAGAUCAGGGAGAACCAAUGCAGGAAGACGAGUGUUGAAGAUUCACAUCAUAGGAUAAGUCUGGUCUGGUUCAAAGGUAACUUGUGGUGUAUGCAAACCAAGGUUAAGUGAUGCCUCAAGUAAUUGUAAAAUAUCAAGAGGCAUCAAAGGGGGGAAUGUGGUGGAAUCUCGGUAAAAAUAAAUUUAGUAGGCCGAGAUUACCACGUGGCAUGUGUACGUGCAUAUGCUGACGUAUCGAUCAGUUGGUUGCACGAGGCAAGAUACGAUCAGUAGUGUACGGAGCAUGUGCAAGAAUACAGGAUGUAGUAUUCCCCUCCUCCAUUGUGCUGGACAAGCCAUGCGGUCAAGCAGGAAGUUAAUUCUUAUUUGUAAUGAUUGGUCAAGAGAAUGUGCGGGUGGAGCUUAAUAUGGGAGGAGUUAUGUGCCUAUAUAGGGAGCCUGCACUAUUGUUCAGGGCUCAGAACUUGCUGUAUUUUUGGUGACAUUAGUCCCUCUGAGUCCCGAUCGGUGAUCCAAUAAAGAAUCUCUUCCUUCCUGAAGAAACCUGUGUCCAUCCCUCUGUGCUUUGCUUCCGUCAGUUUCUCCGGUAUCAAUUCUAUUAAUUAUUUCCUUUGCGAUUUUCGUACAGGAUACUCCACGUUCCACAUUCUAAUGGGUCUCUUGGGUGGUCUUUGUUCAGGAACCGAACAAAACAAACAAAGUAAAAUUAAAUACGAAUCUGUAUGUACGAAAGGAACUGAAAGUAAUGGGGUAUUCCUUCACAGCAUAGCUGCCAAUAUUUCAAUAUUUUAAAAAAAUGUCAGGCAUACUUUAGGAGAGAUUUAUAAAAGUGAAAUUUUGCAUCUAUAUUUGCAAAUAUUUAGCGCAACUUCAUACAUAAAAACAUAGAAUGUGACGGCAAAUAAGAACUAUUCGGCCCAUCUAGCUGGCCACAUUUUCUAAAUACUUUCAUUAGUGCCUGGCCUUAUCCUAUAUUUAGAAUAGCCUUAUGCCUAUCCCACACAUGCUUAAACUCCUUCACUGUGUUAACCUCUACCACUUCAGCUGGAAGGCCAUGCAUCCACUACCCUCUCAGUAAAGUAAUAGUUCCUGGUGUUAUUUUUAAUAUUUUGACACUCUAAUUUAAGACUAUGUCCUCGUGUUGUGGUAGUUUUUCUUCUUUUAAAUAUAGUCUCCUCCUUUACUGUGUUGAUUCCCUUUAUGUAUUUAAAUGUUUCUAUCAUACCCCCCCCUCCCCCCCCACGUCUCGUCUUUCCUCCAAGCUAUACAUGUUAAGAUCCUUUAACCUUUCCUGGUAAGUUAUAUCCCGCAAUCCAUGAACUAGUUUAGUAGUCCUUCUCUGAACCCUCUCUAAGGUAUCAAUAUCCUACUGAAGAUACGGUCUCCAGUACUGCUUACAAUACUCCAAGUGAGGUCUCACCAGUGUUCUGUACAAUGGCAUGAGCACUUCCCUCUUUCUACUGCUAAUACCUCUCCCUAUACAACCAAGCAUUCUGCUAGCAUUUCCUGCUGCUCUAUUACAUUGUCUGCCUUAUCAAUAAAAAUCAAACAAAACAAAACCAACAUUUUGGCAAAAGGCCUUUGUCAAGGCUGAAAUGUUGUUGUUUUGUUCUUUUAUUGCUUUGGUAUUGGUGUUCUCUCCCCUCUAUUCAUUUGUACUUUGUGGAAGUGGUAUGUAAUAAUUUUUUUUACUUAUAUGUAACGACACACUUAUAUGCUACUAGACACUAUUUGGAAACUGAUUGGCUAAACUGAUUGCCAAUUGAUAAGGCUGAAGAGUGAAGCGUGUCUUGGCAGGACUACAUCAUUUGAUAAGUGCACUGCUAUUAUUUGCAUUUGUUUUUAUGAUUUUAUUUUAUUAUUGCUUAAAUAAAUAUAUGCUUUAGCAUUUAGUAGUCCCAUCUCUUAGCUCCAGUUUUUCUGAUCAUGCUAUUCAACCUCAGAGCCAGGAAGCCAGAGCUCUGAGUAAGGUGAGUUUAAUUGUAUCACCUUUUUGUGGGCAUCCAGUUUGGUUAUACUACACUAUUAUUGCCUUUCUGUUUAUUUUGAGAAUGGAUUACCCUUGAAGCAAGGUAGGGUGCUGCCUUAAGACCACAGCAUCAUGUAUAUAUAUAUAUAUAUAUAUUUUUUUUCUUUUACAUUCUUUAUUUUAAAGGUGCAUGUCAACAUUUCAAUGACUAUGACAGAAGUGAUUUUUAGUAUAUAGUACAGGACUGGUUACUUAACAUGUCACUUGGGUUUGCACACAUUUUUAGUAAUUUAACAAGUUGCGUUACAGUAUUGGUACGGGUUUCAGCGUGCGCUACCCUUCUGUUGGCCCUAGUUGUUGCUAGCGCUGUUGUGUUACCCCUUGGCUGUUUUGUGCAUCUCAGGGUGUUGCGUGGUUGCGCUUGUCUGUUGUGGUGUGUGUUGCGAGGGAGGCGGCUUUUGCCUCUACACGCCUUUAGAGAGCUAAGGGUCGCUGCGCUGUGUAAAAAUUAUCGUGGUAUUCUGGGCUUCUGUUGCGUGAUAGUGGGUGCCCCUAACCCAGGGGGCAGCGGGGUGGGGGAUUAUCGUGGAAUAGGCCAUGUGUUGGCUGGUGAACCCGACCAUGCUUUAAAAGCAUGAGAGCAUGUAUCGACAUAAACAAAUAAAGGAAUGUAAAACACCAUUGAAGAAACAUAUGUAGCAUCUAACAUAGAGAACAUAUCAGCGCACUCCAGCUAUUUCCAUCGAAUGGAGCUGUGUCUGCUGUGGCCAGCUGAGUUGUACAGUCCCCGUCAAGGAGUUGUGUUUGUGCAUCCCUGGGAUCAAGGUGUGAAUGAGUUUGUCGUGGCAGGAUCUCCCAUCUGAGACGAGUUAUUCGUGGCGUUCUUGUGUAAGUCCGUGAGUCCCAGUGAGGUUAGAAUUGCAGGGAUUUCAGUCUCUGACGUGGCUCUAUAUGUGUUGCCAUUGUGGGUGAGCGUUAUGACCCUGGGUGCCCCCCAGCGGUAUUGUAUUCCCGCUUUUCUCAGGCGGCUGGUGAGGUUGUACAUUGUUUUCCGCCAUUGCAGUGUUGCCCUUGUCAGGUCUUGGAAAAAGAGCAGUUGUGCAUUCUCGAACGCCAGGGGUGUCUUGACUUUCACCGCUGUCAUUAUAGUGAUUCUAUCCUGUGUUGUGGCGCAGCAUAGGAUGAUGUCUCGUGCUUCUGUGGGUGGUGAGUUGGGCCCUGCUGGCAGUCGGUAUGAGCUCUCCAGUGUGAUUUUCUGGGCGGCUGUGGGUGACAGGAUUGUGGCCAGGAGCCUCCUGAGGAAAUGAGGCCUUUCGGCCUGUGUGAUCGACGAGGGUACCCCUCUGAGCUUGAUGUGGUUGCGGCGCAGGCGGUCCCCUUGGGUGGAGACCUGCACCGCUAGCACCUGGUGAGCUGUUUGCAAUGUGUACAACGUUUCUUUAAGAUGAGUUAUUUCGUUGUUUAUUGUCGCUACAUUCUCCUCCACUGCAUUUACUCUGUCUGUAUUUUGGCGCACCUCCUCUUUUAUGGUGCCUAUAUCUUUGGCUAUUAGGUCUUGGAGCUCGUGCAUCCAGUGUUGGAGGUCUUGUUUGGUGGCUAAGUUAUGUUCCUCUAUUUCUUUGAGGGAUGGGAGCGUAUUACUUAGUGACCCAUCUGUUUGUGUUGCUGGAGCUUGGGCUGGCUGUGCAGCAUUUCCCCGAUAUCGGGUUGUUCUGCUGGUAAGUUCUGCUGGCCUUUUUGUGUGUGGCGUUUCAUUGUCGUAGGGGUUUCCGCGGAUGCUGCGGUGCUCGUCCCCUCGGCUCUCGUUUCGUUAUAUCCCCGGUAGCCUCCGAGGAAUGUCUCCAGGGAGCGGAGGGUCGGCUGGUAGUAGGCCUUGAUUUUGCGCUUAGCCUUCCCGGUCUUUGGGGACUGGAAGAAGGGCAUCUGCCUGUUUCCCUCGGUGCCCUGAGUCAGUAAGUGGUUGUGGUCGGGUAGCGAUUUGGUUUCAAAUUUUUUGCGGUUAACGCUUGCUACAGGCAGGAGCCGACUGAGAUGGCGUCUGGUCGGGUUCAGUCCCAGGCUCCGCCCCACCAUCAUGUAUAUUGAGCCAUAUACAUUGUCACCAUCCAGCAUUUGUCACUUUACAGUACUUUCUGCACUGUAUACGUGUGUUUCCCCCCCCCUUUUCGUGUUAUAUCUUCGCUUCCAAUUUGUAUUUAUCCACAUAUAAUAUGGAGUAAGAUAAUUGCCCUAUUUAUUUAUUUAUUGCACAUUUGUUUUGCACAAUUUUUCUAUAAGCUUUUUUACUUAUACACACCCAUAUCUUAUUUGAUUGGCUAAACUAGCUAUUUUGCAUCUGUUUUGGCAUAUUUAUAUAUCUAGCAUUUGAAAUUUGUACUAAUCUUGUUUUUUUUUUAAUAGUUUUUAUAUACUGAUAUGUGCUGGAUUACAAAUAAAGAUAGUAUAUGUGUUCCCUCCACCUUUAAAAAUUGAUUUAUCAAUAUUAUUUGUAAUCAUGAAUAAUAUGAUAUUUUUGCUGACCCCUACUAAAAGCGCAAUUUUAUGGAUGAUGUCACUGAAGACCAAUAAGUUGUAUACUCAAGUGGUGUAGGGAGUUAUCCAGUUUUCUGGGUUUUACACCACAUAUCCAUAUGAGAGGUAUUCUGCGCCAUAGUCUGUCUUGUCCUACUUAUUUUUAUCCUUUUGUUUGUUUCCUUGUCAUGCAUUACCUCUUAGCUGCCUGUCACAUUUUUCUGAAAUUAUCAACAAUGUAUAAUGUCUUCUAUGCAUUCCAUUCUUUUCGGCUGAAAGGAACCAUCAAUCCCUCUAUAACUAAGAACAUUGUUAUGAUUUCAUUUUGUCUUAAGCCUACACAAUGUUUGUCCUUCUUCUAGAUGUGGUUAGAUUACUCACAUAUUACUUGAUGACUCUUCAUGUCCUAGGGCAGUGAUGGCGAACCUUUUUGAGUCCGAGUGCCCAAACUGCAAUACAUGCCAACUUUUGUUUCCUCAAAGUGCCAACACAGCAAUUAAACCUGAAUACUGAUGUUUAAAUUUAGAAAAAAACAACUUGUACUAAGCUGUCUGAACUAAUUAACAACUUUUGUUUUAAAAGACGAACACAGCAGAGAGUUCAAUGAUACACAUUUUAAAUAAGGAUAUAAAUAGAUCAAUUUAAGUUUAUAUUUAUUAGUAUCUCCAAUAAAUGCAAUACAUACACACACACAGACUGCUGAAUACACGUACAGACAGACUGCUGAAUACACGUACAGACAGACUGCUGAAUACACAUACAGACAGACUGCUGAAUACACACACACAGACUGCUGAGUACACACACAGAGUCCGCUGAAUACACAUACACUGCUGAAUACACACAGACUGCUGUACACACACACACACACAGACUGCUGAAUACACACACACACACACAGACUGCUGAAUACACACACACAUACUGCAUUGAGGGAGUCUUACAGGAAGCCAGUGUAAGGACUGACAGAGGCUGGAGGCAUGGGAGGUGCGGGCGACCCGGAAGAUGAGCCUUGAUGCUACAUUCAUUAUAGACUGUAAAAGGAAAACUGGGAACCACUGAGAAGCGGAUUACAGUAGUCGUAGUGAGAGAAGAUAGUGGCAUGGACCAGCAAAGUGAAUGGUGCAUAAAGAUAUUAAAUUAUACCCAGUGGUUGUCGAACCACUCUUUGAGAAUCACUAGAGGUUGAAUAUUUUGUUCAGUAUUCUGAAAGGAUGAGAACUGGGCAAGUCCUACAACCUGGAACGUUGCUUGUUCUUGAGGGCUGGAGAGUGAAGCAGUGUAUCACUGAAGCAUUUCAAACACUCCCAUACACUGUACUGUUUGUAAAUAUUAUGAAAUGAACUAAUGUAUGAUUCCAUAUCACAAUUUAUGUAAUAGAUUUUACCUGUAUCCGAGACUGUCAUUUAUAUUUAAAGGGAUCAUAAAGUGCCAGGAAAACAAACCUGUUUUCCUGGCAUUAUAGGCUCUUGGAGUGCCCCCCUCCCUCGACGCUGAAUGGGUUAAAACUCCUUCAGCCACUUACCUUAAUCCAGCGCCGUGCUCCCUUGGCACUGGUGACCUCUCCUCCCCCUGCCGACUGAAGCCGAAUGCCCAUGAGCGGCCAGAGGCGCGCGCAUUCAAUCCAAUCCAUAGGAAAGCAUUACUCAAUGCUUUACUAUGGGGAUCUUAUUUGACGCUGGACUCUGUGAGGACGUCCAGUGUUAAAUAAGCGCGAUUUACUCCGUGUAAAUCGUGGAAGCGGCCUCUAGUGGUUGUCAGGGAGACAGCCACUAGAGGCUGGAUUAACCCUGCAGUGUAAACCUGCUAUGUUUUCAGCUGCAGGGUUAAAACUAGGAGGACCUGGCACUCAGACCACUUCAUUGACCUGAGGUGGUCUGGGUGCCUAUAGUGGUCCUUUAAGUCUGGACUCAAAUAUGAUGAGAUAAAUUUAACUAGGAUUUCCUAGCUCAGAAAUAUAAUCAGAAACAAUGCAUUUUCUCUGUACAGUGCAGCACCUAAAAUUAUUUUUUUCAUUUACUGAUUUUAGAUAAGAGAGAAAUACAAGGGAAUUAUUACUAUUAUUAUUAGUAUUUAUAUAGCGCCAACUUAUUCCAUUACAAUAUUAUGGAAGGGGGAUAUUUUAUUUUUCUAAUUAUCUAUAAAACUUCUAUCAUUACCAUAGUAUUAUACUAUAAUAUAAUAUGAAUAUAUCUGGCACAAUAAUUAUAUAGCAUACAUGGAUUAUGGGGAAUUCAUUUUAAUAUUUUAACUACACAUGCCUAGGGCCAGGUACAAAACUCAUAAAUGGAGAAAUAAUGAGAACAAAGUGUGCUCAUAACAGACUAUAUCUAUGUCUUAUGUGAAAAGUGACUGGUGUGUUAAUUCUGCUCUGUUAACUGUGAUGGUAGACCUAGUAACAUAGAACUGUGAUGUCAUGGUGAUUGUGAUGUUUAGAGAACACAGAGAGAGAGCUUUAAAUGGUUCAUAGCACUAAUAGCAAAGAUGGCAAAUUACCUGUAAUAAAUAGCAGGUGAUAUAAAAUGUAACCCAUUUAAAAAGGCUUUCUGGUCAUUCAGUUAAUGUAUGGAUGCAUAUGAAGACUUGUUAAAACACAGCGUGAGCAUGUAAGUGAUCAUUGUUUUAAUGAUAAGUAUUAUUUAAAGCCUUAUUUUUGACAAAGAAUUAUAUAUUUAUUUAUUUUUAAAUUCUUUAUUUUUGUCAUGCAUAAGUUUAUAACAUUCGCAUGUGAGGUACCCCAAAGGCAGUCCUCCAGCGCAUUAAAACAGUUAAACAUAGAGGUACAUGAUAGAACAAGCACUUUUUUUUAGGCUAAUAACAGUAUGGAUUUACGUUGCUUAGGUAUUGUCCUAAUAGAACAUAAAAUUGCUAAUGUUAGAACAGCGACUUUAGUGUAAGUUGCUUUGUACGCAGGCUUGGUUAGUGCGUGUGGUAGUUUAGUAUCAACUUGUGCAAUGCAGGUAUUCAAUGUUAGGUAGGUAAUCAGGCUAGUGUGGUUACGCUUUGUAUUAGUUGUAUUUAGUGGAGGCAUAUAGGCAUCUCUCCUAAGUUUGUCAGAUGUUUGUAACCUAGCAUGUAAUAAUCAUUGUGUGUCUUAAUGUGAGUCUAUGCUGGUGUGUUUCUAUUCGUCUGCUUUCGACAGUAGUAGGUUGUUUGGCAUAAGGAUAAAUGCAUAACCAGUAUAUACAGUAAGAUGUGUGUGUAGUAGAUAUGCCUAUUAGAUAUUAGAGUGUCCGACAAUAUAUACAGGUGAUAGGCCUCAGCCCCUGUAUGCUAGUUGUGAUAGCGGCUGACCAAAAGCCCUACUCACAGCUCAGUCCUGGAGCCCCGGUCAGCCUAUGCCAGCCAGGGGUACAGCGCAGUCCCACUUCGAGCAGUCACACUGCAUGGCAAAGCUCCUAGGUGCAGGCAGGUAGGUUGGUUCCUUGAUUGCUUUUGGGGGGGUCCCUUUCCCCUUUUUCCAGCUGCGGUUGUGACCUUGUUUGUAAUCCUCUGAGUGGCUUCCGUGGUGCCGAUCGGAGGGCUCUGUGCCGGGAUGCCGGUAUGUAGUUCGGGUCUUCCGUCUUCUUCGUUGUUUCCCACAGCGUCUCAGGCUUGUGUUUUGGUCCUGCUUUGUGCCGGGUAGGGAUAUCCCGCAAUGCCACCUUUCGCAAUGAGGAGGUACAUCGCUUGUUCCACAGCAUUGAUGGAGCUUUUGCAGAUGACCGGCUCUGCUUCUUCUUCUUACCCCCGGGCGCUAGGUCUUCUUGCCAAUUACUGAUUUCUUGGGACUGGCCCUGAGAGGGACCUCCGCUUGCCCCUCGUGACUAUGUGUUGAUGUUGGGUUGCUGCAUUGCUCUUCCUGAUCUCUCUUGGUGUACCCUGUGGAAAUGAGUGCGGCAGUUUGUCAGUUACCGAGGGUGUCAUAUGGGCCUCAAGCUUCUCCCAAAAUGCGGCGAAUAUAAUGCUUAGACAUAUUUCAGUUUCCCACCAUGCGUUGGAAGGGUCGGCGGUGCGGCGGGUCUCCACCAUUUUAGAGACGGUAGGGACCCUGGGCUCAGGGCUCCUUGGAGCCUGUGCUGGCUCGUUGCUUCGCCAGGGGGUUAUGUAGGAACGGACCGGGAUGACCCCCACUGGUCCGGCCUAGAGCUCACCUCCGGGCACCCGGCCUGGUGCACCCGGCCUGGUGUCGCCUCUGGGGAGCGGCCGUCUCCCCGGCAUCCACCAUGCUUGUAGGCCACUUCAUGAUUUGGGCUUGAUCUAUUGCUUGUGAGGUGUCGGUCUGUUCGUCUCGAUGCCCUCUCUCAAUUGACAGCCUUGUAUCCUCGAUUAAAUGCCGAUGUGGCAGUGAAAUUUAGCCUUAAGUGCCCCAUUCAGCCGGAGCUGUUGUGAUGCACGUCUUCACAGCUUUGAGGUCAAGCCCCGCCCCAAAGAAUUAUAUUUUAAGGCAAUAUCUUGAAACAUGUUUAAAAAUAAACAGGCUAACCGAGAUGAUGUGAGUCCCUUUACACAUAUUGACUCUUGGUCAAUCUCCAAACUCUAGAGCAGGGGUAGGCAACCUUUGGCACUUAAAAUAUUUUGGACAACAUCUCCCCUGAUGCUUUGUCAGAAUUAUGGCUGUAAGAGCAUGAUGGGAGAUGUAGUGGUCCACAACGUCAGGAGUGUCAAAGACUGCCUAUCCCUGCUCUAGAUAAUUAGGACGUCAUCUGCCCAGGGAAUCCAUUAUCAUUCUUAGGAAGAAAAUUGGGGGGGGGGAAAGUGGAAUGUGAAAUGCAAAUCAAUUUAUAACUUUUUUGACAUGCAUUUUUCUGGAUAUUUUUUUUUUCUUAUUCUGCCUCUCACUGUUAAAUUACACCUAACCAUUAAAAUUAUAGACUGAUCAUUUCGUUGUCAGUGGGCAAACAUUCAAAAUCAGCAGGGGAUCAAAUACUUUCUUUCCCUCACUGUAGGGUGUUUCUUUCGAUUUCUUGGUGUUUACUUCAGAUGCAAAUUUGUAAUAUACCGUGUUUCCCCGAAAAUAAGACAUACCCCAAAAAUUAGCCCUAGCUUAUUUUCAGGGGAUGCUCCUAAUAUAAGCGCUACCCAGAAAAUAAGCCCUAGGCGUUCACUAAUCUAUGUUCGGAGAAUUUUCCCAGAACAUAGAUUCGCGGAUUUCCAUUUGCUAGUAAGCUCAUCUAUGUUCUGGGAAGUUUCCCUGAACAUAAAUACGCAAGAUUCCAUUCGCGAGUGAACUAAUCUAUGUUUGGGAAAGUUUCCCCAAACAUAGAUUUGCAGGAUUCCGUGACCUAGUAAAUUAGUCUAUUAGUUCCCCGAACAUAGACCUACAUUCUAGCACACAUUAAUUAAUAUAAGAUGUUGUCUCAUUUUCAGGGAAACCCGGUAACAGUUUAGCAUACCAAUUCAGUACAAGUGAUACAAUGUUGCUGAAGUAAAUAACAUAUCUUAUAUAGAAACAAAUCCUAUUAUUCAGGGAGAGGCGGCUCUCAAAUCCAAUUAGGUAGAAAUUAGAUAGUCGGAAUAAUUUUUAAAUAAUUUUGAAGGGCUAAAGAGAGUGGGAAUAGAGGAGAUAAUUGUACUAUAUAGAGGUACAACAAAUUUGAAAGUUAGAGAUGUUAAACCUCAUUAGAGAGAGUUAGGUCAUAUAGUGCGUGUUACCAAUAUCACCCACCUUAUUGUGAAAAGAAGGGUAAAUACUUAGAAACACAUUUGAAUAGAUAAUGUGUAAAUCAAAGCUCCAAAUGUGGCAUCUAAAGCUUAUUGGGAGCACGUAUCCCUUAGAGCCACCUAACCGGUACACACAGGAGCCAGUGAUUAACAUAGAGACCUGGUUUCUAUAGCAGUGAAUAAAACAAUUAAAAGUCUGGAUAAUUUCAAUGGCUAACAAAGAUGAGGAGCACCCCUAUGUUAAAUCUAAAUGCCUCCCCCCAACUGCUUCAAGGCAGUCUCGCUUACUAGCUAACCCCAGCCCUACCAAAGUAAUGAGAAAUCGGAGUUUGGAACCACAGGUAAGUGUGAAUUAAAAUCAAUUGCACAUAAUGUGCUUUAAUUCAAACUUGCUGUUGUCUCAACGCGUUUCCUUCUUAGGAACCCGGCGUUCUAGCUCAACUUGACAGAAACCCAACACUAACCUUCUACUCCAGAUUCAGCUAAACUCAUCAAGUCAUUGGCCCUCCACCAGAGCUAACAUCAGACAUUUUGUGGUCCCUUGCUUGGGCCCCUGGUGUCCCCUCCCCCUCAAGUUUGCCCACAUUGCUGACCCCGGGUCCACCUAAAGGGCAUGCCACCCAUUCCACCAAUAUCUCACAAGCACUUAGUUCUGCGGUAGAUAAUGUAGUGUGUGUUUGUAUGGAGAUGUAAUUUCUGUGUUUAGGGAAUGUGGUGUAUGUGUAUAGGGAAUUCAAUGUGUGUAGGGGAUGUAGUUUGUGUAUGUGAGGAAGGAAGUGUGUGUCCAUAGUGGAUGCAAUGUGUGCAGUGGAUGUAGUGUGUGUGUUUGUAUAAUGAAUAUGAUGUGUCUGCAAGGAGUAUAGUGUGUAUUUAGUGGAUACAACAUGUGGGUAUAGUGGAUGCAGUGUGUGUAUAUAGUUAAUGUAGAGUGAGUAAGGGAUGCAGUAUGUAGAUAUAGUGGAUACAGUGUGUGUAAGGGAUGCAGUGUAUGUACAGUGGAUGCAAUGUGUGUGUGUGUACAGUGGAUGCAAUACAUGCUUGUAAAGUGGAUGCAAUACGUGCUUGUAAAGUGGAUGCAGUCUGUGUGUGUGUGUGUGUGUGUGUGUGUGUAGAAUAUGGACUAGGUGUACAGUGGAUGCAGUGUGUGUGUGGCCUAAGAUAGAAGUUGUGUUUUGGGGGGUGAGGGUGAGAGGAACAGUUUAUUAUUUUUUUUAUUUGUUAUGUGUUCCCCCUUUCUGCUCUUUUUUCUGGACAGGGAGGAGGGACACUGCAUUCCCUGGUGGUACUUGGAGGCUGCCUGUCUGCUCCUGCUGAUUGCCCAUUUUGUUCUCGCGAGCCCGGUAUAGUGCAGUGUCGGAGCAUUGCCAUGGUUACCACAGCAAUCCCAUGACAGCUGAGGAAAGAGGAACCGGCAGAGGAGCAGUUAGACAGCCUCCCAGACUCCCUCCGUUACAACAUGCAAUGGCGCAUGUAGGGAGAUCUUUGAUACAGGGCGGCCCAACAGUAGGUAUUUAGUUGAAUCAAUGACAUUCAUCACAAUAGAACCUAUGGGUACACAUACACACUGACACACAACAAAGUGGCAGUUAAAUUUCAGGCAUUUCAAUAUCAGUGUGACAUUGGAAAUAAAGAACAAAGAAUGUGGAUUCUAGAACAGUACUGGAAGACUGAAAAUGCCGAGCAGGUGUGCAACAUGCAUGAGACAGGCUCGAGGAAUGCUACGAACAUUUCAAACACUUACGAUAUUAAACAAAUAUAAAUGUAAUAAACGAGGUACUAAAAUGCAAAUAAACCAUACUGUAUACCUACUUUUGGGCCAUCCUGUAUGACUAUAGAUAGAAGAGAGUGAUAUUCGAUAUAUAUAUAGAGAGAGAGAGAGAGAGAGAGAGGGGGGGGGGGGGCUGUACAACAUCACUGCCCCAUAAUGCCAUGGGAGCAUUUAUAGAUUUAUAUUUACAUUUUCACAGAAAUGCUGUACGAGCGCAUGCAGAUUCAGGAACUCUUUCAUCAGUGCUGUAUGCACACAUGGAGGGGGCGUUGAAAUACAAAAAUGAAAGUACUCAGAUUUUUUGUAAAAUAAAGGGCAAAGCAUAGGUAACAUUUAGUGAGCUAUUGGGUUUUGCAGAAAUAUCAGUAGUGAUGGUUCUGCUUUAAUUCAGCCUCAUUUUCCUUCCCCUUCCUGAUAUAGUGCCAAUGCCUAUCUAACCAUAUCAGUUUUGGGAUAGGACAUGCAUAUCCUGGUGUUGGUCUGAGGUUAGGGGCCCUAUCCAUUACAGUUGUUAAAGCAUGGUGCAAUGCCAUUCAUUGCAGUAGUGGGUUUGAAAACAUUUCUGCCAGUGCCUAUCUGAUGAAGACUUUACCAUGUGGUCCUAAUUCAGCUAUUUACAGAGUUUCCUACACACGCUUGCUGCAUACAUUGUAACAGUGUCUUGAUCAAGUGAAAAAUUAGAUCAUUUAUUCAUUAGAUCACACAAGAAGAGACAUGGACCUGUUUUUCCCCUUCAUCAUUUAUAUUAUUUGAAAUGUUUUUUGUGUGCACAUUUUUAUUUUUAAUUUUUUUACUCUCUUCCUAUAAUAGUGAAUCCUCUGGCAGCUCUAGCAAGUCAACCAGGCCAAAUGGCAGGAACGAGCAAAGUAAAGACCAUGGGACCACCGGUCUACUUAAUUUAGGCAACACCUGUUAUAUGAAUGCUGUCAUACAGUGUCUUAGCAACACAGCACCACUCGUGGAAUAUGUUCUGUCCUGUAAUUUCGAGACUUCUGAAAACAGGUAAAUCCAUUCAUUCCACCCUAUUUUAGAUGAAGGAAAAAUGUAAACCAUAAUAAUCUCUAAUGAUUAAUACAUGCAAUUAGAGAAUUACAAGUUGCUUUGCAGGUGACAUUUGACACUUAAGGCAUUACAUUGGAUAUCCCCUAACAACUAUAUAUUCCACUAUAUAGAUUGAACAUCUAUGCGUAAACAUUUUUACUUGCAAUACUUGAUGCGUCUAGUUGUACUCCGUGUUUUGAAUUCUGUGAAAUUGUGCACAUAUACUUCCUUACUUUCCCUUAUUUGCAAAAUAAAUACAAAUGUAGCAUAAAAACAUUGGCACAAAAUAAUAUAUGUUCAUUAAAAAAAAAAAAUAAAGUGUUAUAAAACACCUUACAAGAACACUUACACCAAUAGAGCAAGUUAUAUGCAAAUCAUAAACAGUGCAAUUCAAAUAUGUAUAUACAUAAACAUAUUUACAUCUAAAUUGUACACAGUUGAGAGCUACUUCACCCGAUAUUACCCAAUAACACUGAUUUUCUUUUAAUAUUAUUCAGAUUUGCAUUGUUAUCAGAUAAUCUAACUGCUUUACAGUCCUGUCAACAAGUUGAACUGUAUUGCUAUUUACAUUAGGAAAUAAAUGCAAGUGAUAUAAAAUCAAGCAUAUCAUUGUGUCUUUGUUUCCCUGUAUGUACUAUAGAAUCUGUCACUUUUGUUACGGAGAUUAAUAUCUUUUGGAAAAAAAAAAAUCAGUAAUUACUCAUUUUCUAUUUGCUCCUGAUAACCUUAUUUGACUAAUUAUACCUUUUAUAUGACAUAGGAAAGAACAAUUCAUCUUUUAUCUUUUAAGGUACAAGCCAUAUGUGCAGAGCUCAUUACUCUAUUCUGUGACUUUACUAAACUGAUCAGCCACAACAUUUAAACCACCUGCCUAUUAUCAUGUAGGUCCCCUAAGUGCUGCCAAAACAGCUCUGAUGCACCAAGGCAUGGACAACACAACAUGCCCUGUGGUAUCUGGCACCAAGACAUUACAGACGAGCAACUAAGCUUUGUAGUUUUAGUGUUGCGUCUAGUGUUGUUGUAAAACUAGUUGUGACUUACGUGUUGGGCCGAUUUGGUGAGUGGCUUUGGCAUCUGGUAUCUCAGUGGUUUGCGGGUUGUCCCGGUCUGACAUGGUCUAUCUAGGGUUCUAUCUGUGUGGAUCUUAAGAGGGAGCCCUAACCUUCUUUCCUAGUUACCAGGGCAGGAUUUGUGUUAUUUAGGAAACAUACUGUCUAACUAACCAUUUCCAACCCCUAACCAAGGGGAGUCACGGGGGGGGGGAGGGGGAUGCUUGGACUAGAACAGCAAGUGAGGGAGGUGGUGCCCCUUAGGCGGCCUCUGGUGAGCAGCUUUUCAAUUUUAUAUUUAUUUUAAUAUGUUUUUUUAAGUGUUUACCCCCCCUCCUCCCUUCUUGUUUCUUACCUGCAUCCAAGGAGGAGGGGGGGCAGCAUAUUCCCCGGUGGUCUGGUGGCGCUGUAGUGGCUCUCAGCCUUCACCUUGCAGCUCUGCCGGAUGAAGGCUCUUCUUGCUAGUCCCGGCACCACGUGGAAUCGAGCAUUGCCAUGGUAACCACGUCAAAGCUCUAAAAGCCGGGACUCUGCAGCAGCCAUAAAAGUGAAUGCUGAGAGCCUCCUCCUCCUUCCUGCUGCAUAGCUCUGCAAAGACCCGGGAGAGAGAUCUUUGAUCUCCCUCCCGGGUCUCUGUGUAUGUAAGGGGCCUGAGAUCGCAGGGCACCUUACAAUUGAAAGAAUUUGGUGGCCGAUUCCAUCACCCCCCGAGCUUGAUCUGCCACUGUGUCCGGCUCUUGAAACUCUAGCACAAACAGAGCAAAGUUGAUAAAUCUUGAGGAAUGUGAGAGAGGUCGCAAAAGGCAAAUGUAAUGGUUUCUUCAGCGGGUACCGCACCUGUACCUCACAUACAUAGAGCCACAGUAUUCCAUGGAAGAACAUUGGUUCCCAGAUCACCUUUGCAGGUGAUAUCUUGAUGGCUACUGUUACCGCCAGUGGCGUACACACAAUCCAUGGGGCCCCGGUGCAAAAUUGAUCCAUGGGCACCCCCCUUCCUUCCCCCGCCCCCCAACAGACACACACACAUACAUAGAGAAACACACACAUAGACACAUACACACACACAGUGACACACACAUACAUACAAACAGACAGGCACACAUAUAUACAUACAGACAGUCAUACACACAGACACAUACAUACAGACCGACACACACACAUAGACAGGCACAUACAGACUGUCACACACAUACAGACUGGCAGACACACACAUGCAAAGACACAUAGAUACAAAUAGACAGGCACAGAUACAAAUAGACAGGCACACAUACAUAUACAGGCAUACAUACACACACAAGACGCACAUACAUACAAACAGACAAGCACACACAUACAGACACACAGACAAACGCACAUACAUACAAAGACAUAAAGACAUACAUACAAACAGGCACACACAUACAGACACACAGACAAAUACACAUACAUACAAAGACAUAAAGACAUACAUACAAACAGGCACACAUACAUACAGGCAGACACAUGCAAACACACACACACACAUACAAUAUUUAAGUCACCCAAAUAUUUAUUACCUUUUAGGUGCAGGAGGGUGACUGGGGUCCAGUGGUGGCUCAGGUUGAUGGGAGACAGCAUGGGCCACCUGAUGGACCCUUUGGACGGCGGCCCCGGCGGUUUUCUGCGCCGGCCGGGGCCGCAAAAGAUAAUGGCGGGUACCCAGUCGCAGGGGUCAACAGCAAGUGAAUAAAUUUAAUACCGUCACUUGAAGAAUAUAUAAUUUAUUUAAAUUAAGAAAUUUUACUUUGGAAGUCUACUGGUCUGCCUUUGACAUGAGUCGCCAAUCUCAAUCGUAGUUUCUGAUAAAUCAACCACGUGAGUUCCUCACUUCGCCGGGAUGCUUCAGUAGCUUAAAUUCAGACUAUAAGUCGGCAAAUAAGAUUAGUAUGAAGAUUUUCUCUGCAAAGCUCUCAUGAUGUGCGAACGGUCAGUGCAGUAGCAUGCUCCGCCCCAGAAAAUGCUACAUUUUUGUUUAUUUGCAUUUGCCUAUGGGGGUGCAUAUUUGGGAGUUAUCACCCGUAGUACUACAGCUGCUUUUUAAAACUUAUUUUGGAAAGUUGAUUAACCCAUUAGGGACCAAGGCUUUUUUGAGAUGCAACGUGUUUAUGACAAAGGCCUUUCUGGCACUUUUGCCAUGUGUUCAUUCAAUCACAAUAUUACCCUUUCUGUUGAAGUGCCCCCAUAAAUAUAAAAAAUUAAAAAAAAAAAAAAAAUAUAUAUAUAUAUAAUAUUUUAGAGAAUAAUUAUGGCUUUUUUUUAUUAUUAUUAUUAUGUUAUUAUUUAUACAGUGCCAACAAAUUCUGCAGUGCUUUACAGUGGGUGGACGAACAAACAUGUAGUCGUAACCAAACAAGUUGGACACAUGGGAACAGAGUGGUUGAGGGCCCUGCUCAAUGAGCUUACAUGCUAGAGGGAGUGGGGUAAAGUGACACAAAAGGUAAGGAUAGUAUUAGACUAAUGACAGUUGCAAGAGAGGAAUCAGUCGGGAGCUAUUAAGAAUUUAAUUAAUACGCUUUUAUGAAGAAGUGGGUUUUUAAUGAUUUUUUGAAGGAGUGGAGACUGGGUAAGCAUCUAACGGAGGAGGGAAGUGAGUUCCACAGGAAUGGUGCAGCCCUCGAGAAGUCUUGAAGGCGAGCAUCAGAGGUGGGAGUACGUACAGAAGAUAGACAUAAGUCUUCAGCAGAGCGUAAGGGUCUAGACGGGACAUACUUGUGUAUUAGGGAUGAUAGAUAGGUGGGAGCAGCAUUAUGUAGAGAUUUAAACGCAAGAACCAGAAUUUUAAAUUGAGCCCUAUAUCUUACAGGAAACCAAUGUAGGGACUGACAGAAGGGUGAAACGUGGGAGGUGCGGGCAGACUGGAAGAUGAGUCUUGCCGCUGCAUUUAUUAUGGACUGUAACGGCGCAAGUUGGGAGCACGUAAGACCACUGAGAUGUGGAUUACAGUAGUCAAGGCGAGAAAGAACAGUGGAAUGGACCAGCACCUUAGUAGCAUCUAGCGUUAAGUAGGGUCGGAUGCGCGCAAUGUUUUUGAGAUGGAAGCGGCAGGAUUUGACGAUAGACUGAACAUGAGGCUUGAAGGAGAGGUCAGAGUCAAAUAGAACACCUAGGCAGCGAGCCUGGGUGGUGGAGCUGAUGGUAGCACCGUUGACUUGGAGGGAGGCAGACACAGUAGUAGCAACACUUGAGGGAGGAAAGACCAGAAUUUCAGUUUUGAUCAAGUUGAGUUUAAGGAAGUGGGCAGCCAUCCAGUUAGAAAUAGCAGAGAGAUAGUCAGAGACACUAGUCAAGAGGGAUGGGGAGAGAUCAGGAGAGGACAGAUAGAUUUGAGUGUUAUCCGCAUAGAAAUGAUAUUGGAAGCCAAAGGAGCUAAUUAGUUUACCAAGGAAGGCAGUAUAGAUAGAGAACAGUAGGGGACACCAACAGAGAGGAGUUGGGGAGAAGAAGCAGAGCCAUAGAAAGAAACACUGAAAGAGCGCUGGGAGAGGUAGGAGGAGCACCAGGAGAGAGCAAUAUCUUGUAGACCGAUAUGGCGGAGGAUGAGAAGAAGCUGUUGGUGAUCAACAAUGUCAAAAGCCGCAGAAUGGUCAAGGAGAAUUAGGAUAGAAUAGUGACCAUGAGAUUUUGCAGCGAGUAGAUCAUUGGAUACUUUGGUCAGUACCAUUUCCACAGAAUGCUUAGUGCGGAAACCAGACUGAAGCGGGUCUAGUAGAGAGUUGGAGUCGAGGAAGUCUUUCAAUCUCGCAUACACAACUCGUUCAAGGAUCUUGGAAGCAAAAAGGCAGUAGCGAGAUAGGACGGUAGUUGGACGAGGAGUUAGGGUAAAGGUUGGGCUUCUUUAGAAUUGGGGUCAUGGCUGCAUGUUUGAAGGGCGAUGGAAAUAUGCCAGAGGAGAAAGAGAGAUUGAGAAUUUUAGUGAGAGGUAGAGAAAGAGAAGAAGACCGAGUACGGAUGAGAUGCGAGGGAAUUGGAUCUAGGGAGCAGCUGGUGGGGCGGGAGUACUGGAGCAGAGCAGAAGCCUCUUCCGCUGUAGCGGGUGGGAAUGGACAUAGAACAGCAGGGAGUGAGGUUAGGGGAAGUAUUGUAAGGGAAAGAAGAAAGAUGAGAGAUCUCUUCCUUGAUUGUAGAGAUCUUGUCAGUGAAGUGAGUUGCAAAUUCUGAGGUGGUCAAGUUAGUAGGUGGAGGAGGAAGAAAAGUGCUCAAUGAAUAGCCUAGGAUGACCGCGGGUGAAGGUAGAUGAUACCAAUUCUGGGUUUAAAUAGGCAGACAGCGUGAACUUCAAAAGAAGAAAAGGAUAGGGCAAGGGCAGUUAUGAUUGGUUGAAAGGUACAAUGAGGGGAGAGAAGGAUGCCUACACCACCUCGUUUACAGUUGAGUCUGGGAGUGUGAGAGAAUUGUAGCCCACCAAAACAUAAAGGAGAAGCGCUAUCAGAGGGGGACAGCCAGGUCUCUGUAAGUGCAAGUAGUGUGAGUGAGUUUGAGAUUAAAAAGUAGUGUAUGGAUGUUGAUUUUAAAUUACUGCAGAUGGAGCGGGUGUUCCAGAGUGCUCACUGAAUGUUGGUAAGUGACGGUAAAGGGCAGGGUAUUGUGAUGAGGUUUGUGGGGUUUCUGGUUUUCUUAGUGUGUGUAGAGAAGGUUAAGGGUCCUGGAUUGGGAGAGACAUCACCAGCUGCUAGAAGCAGGGGGAGAGAAAGUGACAGGAGGUGUGAAUGGGUUUUGUAUGCAUGGGGUCUAGGAUGAGAUCGAUUGUGGGUAGGGUAGGAGUGAGAGAGUAGAAAAUGAGUGCAAGACAUGAGUUGAGAGAAGGGGGAGUGUAGCAGAGAGUGGCAUAUGUAAAAGUAAUUGGGGGGGUGAGUGAAGUGGUUGUAAGGAGAGAUUUUUAUACUGAGGGAGGAGGAGGAAAUAAAGAGGAGGAGAAUACAGAUCAUUGCUAAACUGGGAAAAAGUAAAUUGGAAAUAAUUGGAAUAUCAAGAGCAGGUGAAGCUGAUGGAGCACUGAGUUUCUUACAGCAGUAUUGGGGCUUGAUAAUUCUAAAAUCAGGCUUUGCUUAUUGCAGACAAUCAGCUGAUGGAGCACAGACUUUCUUACAGCAGUAUUGGGGCUUGAUAAUUCUGAAAUCAGAAUAAUUUUGAUACCCUAUAUGUAUGGAUAACACUAUAUUAAAUAGGAAAAAGUUUUUUCAGUUUUACCUUUAAUAAUUUCUACACACCAAGUGCAAGUAAAGAAAAUGAACUCAAAAUAGAUUCACAAACUAGUCCUGAUUGUUAAAAUGCCUGAUAUGUUUAGGAUUUCAAUACAUUUUUAGAAUUAAUAAAACAAAUACUGCUAGCAGUGGCAUACACACAAUCCAUGAGGCCCCGAUGCAAAAAUUGAUCCGUGGCGCGGCCCUCCACCCCCCCCGGCGCUUACUCUGCAGGGGCCGGUGACGCUACACAUGGCGGCGGGCACCACCGCGGUGUGCCGCCAGUGCAUACAGAUACACUUAAAGGACCACUAUAGGCACUCAGAUCACUUCAGCUCAAUGAAGUGGUCUGGGUGCCAGGUCCCUCUAGUUUUAACUGUGCAGCUGAAGACAUAGCAGUUUCAGAGAAACUGUUAUGUUUCACUGAGGGUUAAUCCAGCCUCUAGUAGCUGUCUCACUGACAGCCGCUAGAGGUGCUUCCGCGAUUCCGCUUGACGUCCAUACGAAAGCAUUGUGUAAUGUUUUCCUAUUUGCGGUUUGAAUGCGCGCGUUACUAACACUCACUAACACACUUACUGACACUCACUAGCAGACACACACAAUAACACUCACGACACACACAAACUAACACACUCAUUAACAGACACACACACACAGUAACACACACACUAACACACACACUCACAUUUUGUUUUUUAUUUAAUCCCCCAGCCUCCCUACCUUUGGGAGUGCUGAGGGGACUCCUGCUGUCCCUGGGGUCCAGUGGGGCUGCUGGGCGGUCCUGCAGGCGGCGAGGGAGCACUCUCCCCUGAGUGCUCUCUGCCCAGCUCCCUCACGCGCACCACUAACUGAUGCUGGAGCCAGAAUAUGACGUCAUAUUCCGACUCCUGCAUCAGUGCGGUGCGCGCGAGGGAGCUGGCCAGAAAGCGCUCAGGGAGAGUGCUCCCUCGCGCGCCCACAGGACCGGCCGCCCGCAAAGUGAUGCCACUGCCAGUCUGGGCCCCCCAGGAGAAGAGCCUGGCAAAAUGUGGCCACACUGGCGUGCAUACCGGGUCGCAGGGCGGCCAUGCCCGGUCGCAGCCGCGACCCGUGCAACCACGGUGUGUACGCCAGUGACUGCUAGGAUGGUUUCCAAAAAUGUGCAAAGUUUGGCAUGGUGAAAUUACAACUUUUAUAAAGUGGUUACAGAUUUAAAACUGCAUCCCCCAGGCUAUGUAACUAAGAGCAUUUUUUAACUAUUUACUCACAAACCUAGGUCACAAUAUUUAUUUUUUGUGUUUUCUUUUCACGAGUGUUUUAUCAUGAGGAAUUUCACAGACCACGCAUAUCCCUGUAAUAUCUGUAUUCUAUUACUGCUCUCAAUUACAAUGAUACCCCACAUAUGUACCUUUUACCCUAAUCUUGUCUCUAAUCCAACCCUUAAACCAACCAUUAACCCUACUCAUAAUCCAACCCGUAAUCCUGCCACUAAAACAGGUCCUGGGGAUCUCCCUGACAAUGUGGGGGGGACAACAGUAUAUUUAAAAUUACUACAGCGGCGCGUGAUUGCUCCGUCGUGGUACUCAAUUCAUAUCAAUUUAAAAGGCCAGGUGCAGCACUUACUUUGCAUAUAGCUCUUUUGUCAGUCUGGAGCCAAAAGAUACCUUUGAAACAGGCUGGGGGCAGACUCAAAAAUACUGCGGCUGAGCGAGAUCAGCCACAGUGUUUAAAACAAUUAAACAAUUAAAGGCCUAUACAAUUAAAGGCCUCACUUACUUUGAGCACUGCAUAUAGCUAAGCUAAGCUAACUGUGGCCUCACGUGACAGAGGGGACCCCCGCUGGUACCUUUACUACAUGACGAUCUGUGCCGUCAAGGGGUGUUAAAUCCCUGCACUGCGUGACGGCAUAGACAGUCACGUGGUAGUUAAUGGGUUUAUAUUGUUCCUCCCUAAGCAGUUUAUAUAUCAGUUUAUACCAUGUACUGUAAAAGGAUUUUUUCUGUUUAUGAUUGAAUAUCCAUGAUGUAUUUGCAGGGACAAAGGACAAGUUACAGUUACAUUUGCUGAUCUACUAGCCAAAAUGCGAUUUGAGGAAAAACAGUUUGUGUCACCAGAAGCCUUUUUGACUGCCUUUGGAUAUAUCCAUCCACCAUUUAGAAGACGGGAUCAGCAAGACGCUCAUGAAUUUUUGAUUUACACACUUGAUUCACUUCAUGAGGAACUGGUAACAAUGGGCAAGGUAAAUAUUUCAUAGAAUAAUUACUCACAUGUUAAAAGAGAGCUUGUUCCCAUCUUUAAGGCAACACUUUCAUCUUAUGGUCCUUUAAAAGGUUUCAGUCUCAUAAAUCCACUGUAUUUUUUUCAUUGUCCAAAUCUAUUUCAUUUUGUUAAAAAGCAUUUUGCUGUUUUCUGCAGCAUGCGUCCUUAUCCAUGCCCCCAUUUUCACAUAAUAAAGUUUAUUUGCUAAAUUGAGAAAUGUCAGUGAAUUUCAAAUUUAAGGCUAAAACAGAUGAUUCUCCAGUUUGGUUAUUGUGGUCUGAAAGGAACAUUCUAAGCACCGAAACAACUUUAGCUUAAUCAAGUGGUGUAGACCAUGCGACUACAGUCCCACUGCUCAAUUCUCUGCCAUUUAUGAAUUAAAUCACUUUGUUUAUGCUGCCCUCGCCACAACUCCAUGUCUGUGAUUUUCAAAGAUAGAUAAUAACUUCAAAAGUAAACACACUGCUGUAAAAAUGUAAACACACUGUGCUGUAAAACUUUCGCUCCUAGCUUGAUUUGCUUCAUUAAGCUAAAGUUGCUUUUUUGCUUAGAGUAUCCCUUCAUAUUAAGAUCCAGGACUAUCGAGUCCUGAUAUAUAAUCACCCAAAUGAUUUUUAAUUUUUUGGGUGGGUGAAAGUUUUUUAAAUGGUAAUUAUAAACAGGCUGAUGUGGUUAUGGUGCAAGGAUAUAGUAGUUUCUACUGAAAAUGCUGCUGGCUCCUUUCAAUUGCCCAGCCAGGCUUUAUAAAAAAAUUUUGCAUGUGCAUUGCUAAACAGUGAACUAAAAAUGCUAAUUGGCUUUCAGAAGGGGAUUUAUCUUUUUUUUGGUGUUGUUUUUAGAUUAAUUUUACUAUAUGGAAAUGAGCCGGAGAUUGGAUAAGACAAAACACAGUUUUCUAAAGCAGUUUACACAAGAUGCACUUCUUAUCCUGAGAGUGGUGUUAGCAGGUUCUGUUGUUGAUUUUAAUACCCUAAGGGGUGAAUAAGUUAUGUUUUUUACUUGCACAGUAUAUGCUUUUAAGAUCUUUGUUCUUGUUCAUCAUGCUCUGUUUUAAUGUGAUUUCCUUUCAGAAGUAUCAUAUGAAAAGCAUUCAAUUUUGGUCUUGAUUUAUGUGGAGUAAUUGAAGCCUUCUUGAUUUGUCCUUUGUAGCAUUAUAUAUUGCAAACACAAACUUCCUCUCGUUUUGUAGGCUAGCAGAAGGAAAGCAUUAGUGGCACAAGGAAGCAGUAGUAACUGUACAGAUAGUAACUUAUCCGAGUCUUCAAUCAUCACCCGAUUACUACAGGGAGUACUCAGACAUGAAAUAGUUUGCCUGAAGUGUGGAAGCACAAGGGAAAAAAAGGAGGUUUUCAACGUUUUAUCUCUUCCUAUUCCCAGUGGAAACCAACCAUCCAUACAGGUAAGGGUAUCCUAUUCAUUCACAUCUUCCAAGUUUUACAUCACUUCUACCAGUCCUGAAAUUACAGAUCUCUUCCCACUCAAUAUUAUGAUCUAUUACAUUUAUGAAUUUAGCGGGAUGAUAAAAGGGGUUCAUUCCUAUUCUUUCACACAUUAGACAGUCAUAUCGGAGAUUAUGAGGGAAUCCCUGUUCCCCAGAUGGAGGCAUAAAAUAUUUAAGCAGUGUCCUGGGGUUUCUGUAUAACUGGAAGACCUGUGGGGAUAAAAGUGUUAGAAUUCUAAAUCAAUACAUUUAAAUCUUUCUGCCUACCACUCAUGUCCCUAAAUAUAUGUCCUUUGGUGACCAAUUCAAAAGCUGUUCUACUGGAGAUUUUCCUUGGUUUUCCAGAUUUGCCUUGACUACAACAGUUAUUUCUAAAAGGCUACUCUAUUCCUUCAAAACCUGCUUGCUCAAGUGUAUAGGGGUUAACUGCAUGUCCCUGUGGGCUUAUUGUAUAAAUCUUCUUUUGGGAAGCAUUAGAUUGGCUGAGAUGAGCAAGACUGAUUAUCUCAGCCAGUGAGGCUAAACCCAAGCACGAAAACCAGUGCUUUGUGGGAUGCAAGGUAAGUAAGAUAGGGAACACUAAAGCGUUAUGAAUGCAAACUUAUUCCUAAAGCUAUAAUGUUUGUUUAAUUAAGCAGAAAAUCAUCUUAAUUAAAUGCUAAAAUGUUUUUCCACUUGACAGGAAUGUCUUCAAAGCUACUUCGAACAAGUUACCCUAACAUGGACAGAAAAAAUGUUCUGUUCCUUUUGUAAAAGAAAGCAGGAUACCGCAAAAGAAGUUUGCAUAAUUAAACCUCCAAGGAUAAUAAUAUUCCACUUUAAGAGGUAUAGUACUUAGGAUAUUUCGUUUGGGGCAGUUAGGAUAUUGCUUAUCCUAAUUUAACUCCAAGCACCAUAAGCACAACAACUUUCCAGGACUGCCCUGGAGCCACCCCAAUGUAAGCAGUCAAACUGUUUUAAUGAAAUAAAAUAUAACCUUUAAUAAUUAUGUUAAAAGAGAUAGUGUCCAUAAAUGAGUAAAUACUUGAAAAUUCAAAAUAUAAAUAUACAACGCUAAAUGAAUACACAAGCAUAGAACAUAGGAAUGCCUACUAGGUAAAAGCACUAAAUAGUAAGCUGAUCCUUUGGAUAUGACACUGAGAGUUAGCUGAUAUUAAUAAAGUAUCAGUACAGAGACAAGGAUACAUUAAUAGCAAAAACUAACAUAAGGACAACUGUAACAGGAUAUGUUUCCUAAGCCACUGUCUAGUAUGAGGCUAAAAACAAUUGGUAAAGAUGAGUACAGAUCGUCACUCAAAAGGUUAAACUUAUGCUACUAAUAAGUAACACCUAAAACUAAAGGAGAUAAAAUACACCUUUGAGUUAUAAUAGUCUACAUAUAUAAUGUUGCACUAAAAUAAGUGAAACAUUAAGAAUACAUAUACACAGUGCAGCAGGUACAGAUAUACCUGCACUAAGAACAAUGUCAGUCUUAAGUAGAUACACUAAAUAAAAUCAAAUGCCGAUAUAGCAGAUGCUAUAGGAUAUUGCAAAAAUACUUAUAUCUGCUUUUGGUCAGAUAUAUGCCUAUUAUACACACUGACAAAUUAUUUACAGAGUGUUGCAAAAUACUUAAAUCGGCUAUUAAUCAAAUAUAUGUCUGUUAUUAAUGCUGAGAAAUUAUUAACAAGGCAAAGGCUGCUUGGUAGUAAAGGUAAAAUCGGCAGGUUAGGUCUGAUACCAUAACUAUUAUUACAGAUAAAGGGAGGAAAAUAGAACAGCCUCCGCCCACCCAGGCAAUAACAGGAUAAAAACCCGGGAUCCAGAGGGUUGUGUAGUAUAAGCUGGUCCAAAGUACACAGUAGGUGUUGUAAUGGAUCACCGAGAGCCCUUAUUCAUUCAGCCUUGUAUAUUUAUAUUUUGAAUUUUCAAGUAUUUACUCAUUUAUGGACAUUUAUUUAUCUCUUUUUAACAUAAUUAUUAAAGGUUAUAUUUUAUUUCAUUAGGGCACUCAGUUUUUCCUUCUCCCCCUUUUUUUCUUACUACUUGGGUAGUUUUUGAUGGGUUAACCCCUUUAUGAGUGUAUUCCCUAAGCUUCCGUCUCCUCAUUUUUUGUUCGUCAAACUGUUUUAGAAUAAUUUGACUUCUUACCUGUGGUCUGCUGGGCUGCGCUACUUGCCUCACAGAAUCAGAAGCUGUAUGCCUGAGCUAUGCCUGGUUAUGCAGGGCUUAGCUCAAUGACUCAGAGUGAUCAGCUGAUACCAAUCAGCCAAUGAGCUAGCCUGAAGCAGAGCCUAGCUCAGGAAGAAAAGUGUUACGAAGUGCGUACCAGGUACUGGCUUGACAUUUGAGGCUGAUGCAUUACUGGCAUCAUUACCAUUAUAAAAUACUGCAAAGGUUAUGGUGCUUAGAGUGUUCUUUUAAUUGUUAUAAAUGACCAGGAAUUUGUGUUUAAUAAGUACAUUCUGAUAUUUGAAGCUAAACAAUAGGUCAAAAUGCAAGCAAAUAAAGUUUUGGUUGAUUUAGUACAAAACAUAUACCAAAUGUAGAUUCUAAGUCUGCUAAACCUGCUUUGUUUUAUGCACUGAUGAGACAUUAUCUGGAUUAUACUGGUCUGUCAGCACAUUUCACAAAAAUGAGCAGAGGAAUGCACAGUAAAGCAUUUGGUAAUGUUUUGCAGUUUAUUAAAAAGGAGAAAUAUGCUUACACAUACACACCCCAUAUUAUCACUGCCAUGCAUAGGCAUAACUAGAAACUACAGGGCCCCAGUGCGAAAAUUGCCCUGGGCCCCCCACUCCAGGUGUCUCAUCCUCCCCCCCCCUCCCAUCCCACCAUGUGUCUCAUCACCCCAUGUGUCUAAUUCGCCCCCCAUCAAUUCCAUGUGUCUCAUUUCCUCCUCCAAGCCCCUCCACGUGUCUCAUUUCCUCCCCACCAGCCCUUCCAUGUGUCUCAUUCCCUACCCCCAACUCUUCCAUUUGUGUCAUUCCUUCCCCCCAGCCCCUACAUGUGCCUCAUUCCCUCCCCCCUGAUCUUCCAUGUAUCUUAUUCCAUCCUCAACCCCAGCCCCUCCAUGUGUCCCAUUCCCUCCCCCCAGCCCUCCUAUGUGUUCCAUGGAGACCAUUCAAACUUCUUUCCCUUCUGGUUUGGAUUGGCAGGAUUGAGAGAUUCUCGUUUUAAAAAGGGCAUUCUUUCAGGCUCUCCAUUGCCCUCUGUUGGUGGAAACUGGAAAAUGCAUUGAUUUGUAUAAUUACAAGAUGCAAAUUAGGAAAGUGCAAAAAACUGACAAGUUGCAUCUAUAUGUCUCUGUUUUCUCAUAGUUUGGAAAGUUACAUUGUUAUAUAUUUCAGGCAUUAUUAUUCUGCUUGUCCUUUGCAUUAUGUAUGUUGUUUAUUUUUUUAUGGUUUUCGGCAGAUGCCUAAGGACUAGUUGGCAGGGAUCCUGGUAACAGAGUCUUCAGACCUGUUGGCUGGCUGUAUGGUCCUCUUAGCAUGGGACAUAGUCGAAAGAACUAGACUUGAGAGUCGCAAGUGCCUUUAUAAAGUCAGGAGCAAUCACAGUGCAGGCAGAGGUGGAUACCUGUCUAGACGGAAAGCUGCAAAGGAAUAGGCAGAGGUGGCAGGGCCGUCUUUCCGCAUGGGCACACUGGGCACUUGCCCGGGGGCCCCAGAAGCAAGGGGGCCCCAGCGCGAUGCCCAUGUGCCCAGGCCAACAGGGGUGAUCUUAUGAUCUCCCCUGCCAACCCAUGGAGAGCCGGCCCUACUUACUUGCUUAUAGAUAGGACCUAGGGCUACAUGAGAGGGAGCAUCUGGGAGGCAGUUCCUCCCACGAGCAUGCUAGUCUGAGCUCUGACACGAUUCUGCUCGAGGGAGGAGUGAAGACAGUCUGCAGCCAGAGGAGCUGCAGGCUGUAAGGUCUAUAGUACCACCACUGGACCACCAGGGUUGGCUGUGUCCCCAAUCCUUCACCAAAGGUAAGAUGAAGGGUGUGGGGGGGACAUAAGGCUUUAAAAAAAAAAUCCCUAUGCACCCCCCUUCACACACAGCACUCACUACACACACACACACACACACACACACACACACACACACAUACACUGCACCCCUCACACACACUGCACCCCUCACACACACACACACACUGAACCCCUCACACACAUACACUGCACCCCUCAUACACACAGCACCCCUCACACACACAGCACCCCUCACACACACAGCACCCCUCACAACCAAUGCACCCCUCUCAUACACAGUGCCCCCAUUCACACACACACAGCACUCCUUACACACACACACAGCACCCCUUACAUACAUAAACUGACCCCCGCACACACACAGCACACCUCUUACACACACACUGCACCCCUGAUACACACACACACACACACACUGCACCAGUCAUUGUCUGUCUGUGUGUAUUCAGCAGUCUGUGUGUUUGUAUUGUAUGAAUAUAUUGUAUUUGUUGGAGGUACCAUUAAGCAUAAGCUUAAUUUUAUUGGUAAUUAAACAUUUUUUUCCUGUGAGUGGUUGUGUAGGCAGGGUUCCAGUGCACUGCUUUGUUGUUAAGAUGGCACUGAGAGGGGGUGAUCCCUGCCUGGAAGAAGAAAGCUGCAGGUGGAAGAGCUCCAGAGAGACCUCAGUCAAACUAUGGCGACUGGGGCUAAAACGUUCCAGGUUCCUUGAAUUAGCUAGGAAGUAGACUAGGUGGAGGUACUUGGUCGGAGUACAGGAGCUAUGUCACACACACCAGUCCCCCAAUUUAUCUAUAUGUCUGUAUAAAGAAUAUCCUGUUCAGCAGUGGCGUACACACGAACCAUGGGCCUCCCUCGGCGCUUACUCUGCGCGGGCUGGGGCCGCUACAUAUGGCGGCAGGCACCUAGUCGCAGAGCUGCGACCCCUGCGACUGCGGUUUGCACGCCAGUGCAUGCAGAUACACAUACACUUAAAGGACCACUAUAGGCACUCAGAUCACUUCAGCUCAAUGAAGUGGUCUGAUUGCCAGGUCCCUCUAGUUCUAACCCUGCAGCUGAAAACAUAGCGGUUUCAGAGAAACUGCUAUGUUUCACUGAGGGUUAAUCCAGCCUCUUGUAGCUGUCUCACUGACAGCCGCUAGAGGCGCUUCCGCGAUUCCACUGGACGUCCAUAGGAAAGCAUUGAGUGGUGCUUUCCUAUGGGCAGUUUGAAUGCGCGCCCGCCGCUCUUACCACACAUGCGCAUUCGGAGCUGAGAGGCGGAUCGGGGCGGAGAGAUCCCCAGCGCCAAGGGAGCCCGGUGCUGGAAAAAGGUAAGUGCUGAAGGGGUUUUAACUACACACACGCACUCUCACGUAUAGACGCAUACAGACUAGCUAACAGACACUCACACUCAGUGACAGACACACAUACACUCUCACUGACAAACACACACUCACUAACAGACAUAAACAAACUAACACACUCAGUAACAGACACACACAGUAACACACACACAAACUAACACACACACACUGACACUCACUAGCAGACACACAAACUAACACACACAGUAACACACUCACUGACACACACACACUAACACACAUAUACAUACGCACAUUUUUUUUUAUUUAAUCCCCCAGCCUCCCUACCUUUGGGAGUGCUGAGGGGAUUCCCUGGGGUCCAGUGGGCCUGCUGGGCGGUCCUGCAGGCGGCGAGGGAGCACUUGAGAUCCCCCUGUUUAGCUCCCUUGCGCGCUGCUUACUGAUGCCGGAGCCGGGAGCUGGGCAGAGAGCACUCAGGGGCCCGCCCACCCUAGGAGUGAUGCCACUGCCAGCCUCAGGGGCCCUUAGGUGGCCAGCUCCUGGUCCCCCCAGGCAAAGAGGCUGGCAAAAUGUGGCCACACUAGCGUGCAUACCGGGUGGCAGGGCUGCCGACCGCGGUAUGUACGCCAGUGCUAUUCAGCAAGUAUGACCCUACAUAACUUUGUGUUAUUUGAAUAGAUAAGCAUAUCACAAUUCGCACUUCAAGAUCAUUUAUAAAAUGAUUAAAGAGAAAUGGACCAGUGCCAAAACCCUGAGACACUCCACUUACACUUUUUCCCCAACUUCUCUGUCUUUAAGACAAUGGAUGGUUCAUCCAAUAACAAAUUUUUUUAAUUAAAUCAGGGGUCUUAAAGUCAAAUUAUCUAGGGGCCCCUGGCAUACUUGUGAUCUCUCAUGGGUGUCACAGAGCUGUACUCCCAUUCACACCCAAAUCCUUACUCCCAUACAGAUAGCUAAACAUGUACAUAAUACACACACCCCAUUAACAUCUGUAGCGUGACCAAGUUCUCAAUGUAGGCUACUACCCUGCAUUGUGUGCAUCUCCUAACCUCAUCAUUGAGGUUCCAGCAUUCAACUACAGAAUGCAAGGACUUUAUUAAAUGAGGCUGGCAGAAGCACAUAGCUUCGUUAGUCACAGCAAAUAAGAGCAUGGCCAUGACCCUGUUACUGACCAAACCACUAGUAAAUUGGACAUAGAUAUGACCAUGACUCAAAGUUCCCGCUCUAUUCUGGUAUGGGUGGUCGCAGGCUAUAUUAAACUAUUUAGGGGGCAAGAAAUGGCUUUGGGCCUGUACUUUGUGACUCCUGAUUUAAACAAACUGCUUCCACUUUCUAUAGUAACCUUUUUGUCUGAAACCGUAGCAACUGCCUUUCCAAAUUCAAAGGGGAUCACGUCCACUGCAGCACCCAGAUAUAUUCUAAAUAUCUACUCACUUCAUUAAAGUGACACUAUUGGCACCCAGAUCACUUCAUCUCAUUGAAGUGGCCUGGGUGCAGAGUCCUUGUACCCCUGAUCCUGCAAUGUAGAACAUUACAGUUUGCGAGAAACUGCAAAUCAGGCUCCCUCAUCGCCAUCAGAGGAGCUGGAGAGCAAUCCAGCGUUGAGAGACCUCGGUGCUGGAGUGGGGUUAGUGAAAAUAGGGUUAUUUAUAAGCGUUUAUUUGCUGGAGGGGGUGGGGGCUGCAGGGGCAAAGCGACACUAUAGUGUUAGGAAUACAGUUUUGUAUUCCAAACACUAUAGAGUUCCUUUAAUUUAUGAAUUCACUGCAACUAUAACCACUACAGUGAGAUACAGUAGUUAUGGUGCAUACAUUGUAAUUAUAAGUGUACUUUCCCAAAAUACUGAUAUGCCAUUUUUCUCACUACAGAUUUGAAUAUCAACGUAACAUAAAAAGGAAACUAAGAGCAAAUAUCACGUUCCCUCUUAAGAAUCUAGACUUAUCUCCGUUUUUUUCACCAAGUGAAGAGAAGCACCCACAGUAUAACCUUUAUGCAGUGGUGGUAAGGACACACAUCUUUAAAAUAUCAUUAAAAUGUUGGCAUUUUUAUGAAACAAUUUAGGGGUAAAAAUACAUUCAAUGGAUUAAAAAUUAUUUUAAAGGUAAUUAUAGGGCAAGCAAUUGCUAUUUAGUUAAAAUGGGUAGUAGAAUGUUAUGUCAGGUGUAGUUAUCUGGCCAACUGAUGCUCAACCUACCUUGCAUUCUUCUCAGAUUUCUUUGUGUGAACCUCCAGUAGCAGGCAAAUUAGGCUGAGCGGCAGGUGGUCAGGUUACAGUACUAUUUGUCCCAACAUGCCUCGUCAGUAAAAUUAAAAAAAAAAUUUUUUUUUAGUUUCAUUUUUUUUUUUAAAUCAUUGCAUUUCCUUAAAUAAAAAAAACCAAAAACAUUCAACACGCAAAAAGUAAAAAUAUGCUAACAGUUAUCCUUUAAAGGGACACUAUAGUCACCCAGACCACUUCAGCUCAAUGAAGUGGUCUGGGUGCCAGGUUCCCCGGGUUUUGACCCUUCAUAUGUAAACAUAGCAGUUUCAGAGAAACUAUGUUUACAUUGCAAGGUUAAUCCAGCCUCUAGCGGCUGUCUUCCUGACAGCUGCUAGAGGUGCUUCUGCGCUGCUGGAUGCGAAAAUCGCAUUCAGCGUGCAGAACGUAAAUAGGAAAACAUUGAGAAAUGCUUUCCUAUGGACUGUUUGAAUGCGAAUUCCACUCCACUCGUCGGCGGGGGAGCCCAGCGCUGGAUUAAAGUAAGUAACUAAAGUGGUUUUAACUUCUUCAGCGCCAAGGGAGGGGUGACCUGAGGGUGGGGGGGACCUAAGGGUUAUAUAGUGUCAGGAAAAUAAACUUGUUUUCCUGACACUAUAGUGAUCCUUUAAUUAAAACGGGUCUUAGUUUGGGAUGGUUAGUAAACUCUGAAAUAUAGAGAACUGAAAUGUAAAUAGCAUAUAUAAUAAGGCUAAAAUAACCAGUGAUAAUUUAAUAUUUUUUAUUUCCAGUUCAGCGGUUAUAGCCCAUGUUUUUCUAUAAGCAUUUUCAUUCACUGAUAAUCCAGUUCUGUGACACUAUUUCCUAUAUUGGGAAGAGCUGGAGAUUUUGCUAAGGAGAUUCCUUGCUGUCUUAUAGAAAACACCACAAAGAGGCAGUGCUACUGAAUCCUGGUGCUUGUUCUGUAGUACAUUCAAAAUAUAAUGCUUAAACAUUAGCCUAGCCAUUCUAUAGUGACUGUUCCUCAGACCAGAAAGGCCUAAUUAAUUUUAGUGGGAACUCUUUUAGAGAAACUCCAAUGAUUGCAUUGAAGCACUAAGACAGACUCUAGUGGCUGUCUACCUGAAAGCCACUUGAGGUGCUCCCAGAAUCUUACCAGACUAUCGGCCACCUAACUGACGCUGGACGUACUCACACCCAUUAUCCGUUAAAUCCCCAUAGGAAAGUAUUGAAUCAAUGCUUUCCUAUGGGGAGGGCCUACUGUGCUCGUGGCGCUUGCCGCGCAUGUGCGUUAGCCCCCCUUCCCCAUCGGAUUACAUAGCUGGAAGCUUAGAGGGACCUCAGUGCUAGAAUCAGGUAAGUGUUAAAAAGUUUAUUUUUUUUCAACCAUUUAUCUACUGGGAAGGGCGCGAGAGAGGGCAAGGCAGAGGGAACUAUAGUGUAAAGAACAUAGAAGAUUUUUCUUAAAAUUGAAUUUCUUCUGGUUUUCAAGAUACUAACCUUUUUCCAAACAGGGAAACCAUUAGCCUGCCUUCGAGAGCGUCAUCUCAGUUGUUUGACCUGCCUCUUUUUGGGAAAGCCUUGAUGACUUUCCCUAUGCCUGGCACAGCCCCCCUGAUGACAUUGAUGUGCUGAUUUUAUUACCAGCACAUCAGUCCAUUGAGCAGAGUGACGUCUGACACCACUCUGUUCUCUUCUGGGUGGAGGGCAAAGUUCCUACAAGCCGAGUUCAAGGAAGUGUGCAUUUGAUUUUGUUUUUAUUUUGUUUUGUGUACUGGAAAGAGGGGUCAGGGAGCUUCUAGCAUAGGAACAAGUAUCUCUCAGUACAGUGUUUCAGAGCGAUGCCAUGACACUAUAUGUAAGACCUUGGAAUAUGCCUAUGCCUAAGUCACCCUGUAACCAUUAUAGGUGCAGGCAGGGGCGUACCUAGAGCAUUUGGCACCCGGGGCGGAUCCUGUGCUUGGCACCACCCCAACCCAAAAAAAAAAAAAAAACCUGUAAAAAAUGUUAAAGGUUUUCUUUAAUUAAUCCACACUCCUUAAUUAACCCAUACCCCUUAAUUAAUCCAUACCCCUUAAUUAAUCCAUACCCCUUAAUUAAUCCACACUAAUUCAUCCACACACCCUUAAUCCACCCCCCUUAAUUGAUACACACACCCUUAAUUAAUACAUACUAAUUAAUACAUACUAAUUAAUCCACCCCCAUAAUUAAUCCACCCCCCAUAAUUAAUCCACACUAAUUAAUCCGCCCCCAUAAUUAAUACACCCCACUUAAUUAAUACACCCCCAUAAUUAAUCCACCCCCUUAAUUAAUCCACUACCCAUAAUUAAUUCCCCCCUUAAUUAAUCCACCCCCCAUAAUUAAUCCACCCCCCUUAAUUAAUCCACCCCCAUAAUUAAUCCAUUUACACCCCAUAAUUAAUCCACCCAUAAUUAAUCCACCCCCUUAAUUAAUCCACCCCAUAAUUAAUCCACCCCUAAUAAUUAAUCCACCCCUAUAAUUAAUAUACCACCCCCCAUAAUUAAUACUUCCCCAUAAUUAAUAUACACCCCCAUAAUUAAUCCACCCAUUAUUAAUACACCCCCAUAAUUAAUACACCCCAUAAUAAAUAUACACACCCUCCUUCUCUCUCACCCCCUCAUUUCUCUCUCACCCCCCCUCAUUUCUCUUUCUUACCCCUUUCUCUUUCUCCUCUUUCUCACCCCCCUCCCCCCUACCUGUGUUGUAGCGUGGCCGAGCCCUGUAUGGUCCGCGGGUACAGGGAGCUUUUGUUUCCUGUACCCGGCCGGACUAACAGGAAGUGCACACUGUGUGCACUUCCUGUUAGUCCGGCCGGGUACAGGAGACAGCUGCUCUCUGUACCCGCCGACUAUACAGGGCUCGGCCACGCUACAGAGAGGGAGUGACAGGAGGGAGCGCUGAGCGCUUCCCUCCUGUCAGCCCCUCUCCUCAGGCUGCGCCCGGGCGGUGCGGUCCGCCCUCAUGGACGCACCGCCCGGGCAAAGCUGCAGCCGCCUGAGGCUCUCUGCAGAGCGCUCGGGCGGCUGCAGCAUGGGGGGGCGGCAGGGCUGGUCAUGGCACCCCCCAUCCGGCUGGCACCCGGGGCGGACCGCCCCUCCCUUAGUACGCCACUGGGUGCAGGGUGUGUAUUUAAUUGUUGGGUGUGUUUUAAUUGUUGUUGAAAUUUAAUGAAGAAAUAAUUGCAGGUUCGUGAAAAGUGGCAUAACAGGUCAUAGAAACAGAAUGUGACGGCAGAUAAGAACCAUUCGGCCCAUCUAGACUGCCCAAUUUUUUAAAUACUUUCAUUAGUCCUUGGCCUUAUCUUAUAGUUAGGAUAGCCUUAUGCAUAUGCCACGCAUGCAUAAACUCCUUCAUUGUGUCAACCUCUACCACUUCAGCUGGAAGGCUAUUCCAUGCAUCCACUACCCUCUCAGUAAAGUAAUACUUCCGGAUAUUAUUUUUAAAACUUUGCCCCUCUAAUCUAAGACUAUGACCUCUUGUUGUGGUCCCCUACACAUUGGCUCUGUGAUAUUCGGGCGUCCUUGCAGAUUUUGCAAUUUUGCAAAAACCUUUAAUAGUUACAUCGCCGCUUGGUGUGCAGUGACCUGGGGGAUGGUACAGGGGGAACAUUUUCAAUUUUACUUACCUGAAGCUGUCUCUUGUGACAGCAAGAUUGUGGGAGCCUCCAUAGGCAAUGACUUUUCCUCACAGACACCACUAGUGAUAACUGGGACAUUUGACAAAACUUGUCAAAGUGAUUCCUAUGUUGUCGUAUGAUAUAUUUUGCUCAGUGAGAAUUUCAGUGAAAUUUCAACACAUUCAGUGAAAGUAUUGCAUAAAGAUUUAAUCUUUAGAAAUGUUAUCUUAAUGAAAUACUCCAAUUUUUUGUUUGGGGAAGGUGACACAGCUGCUUUAAGAAGCUUCAUUCACGAGUUACGAGAACUGCAGCCAUACAUGCUUUAGUUGAUGUGCAAUCUUUAGAAAGUUUCGAUAGAGCCCAUCACAUAAUUUAAGAUGACAGUGAUUAUGACAGGGUGUACAGCUUGACAACUACAACAUAUUUAGGCAGAUUUAGGGGAGACGGACAGAUGCAGCACCAUAGAUGAUUGUUUUUGCAGAACCUACACUAAACAAAUAUAUCCGAUUGCAGUGAUUGAUAUAAAUUAUGGAACCUACUACUGACACCCAUUGUGUGAGGGAAUAUUGAAGGGGCUAUGAUGGGCACUGAUGAUUUUUUUUUUUUUUAAAUCCUAUUUGUUCUACUUUUUUCUUUUCAGAAUUGUACAGAACGUACUUGGCUCCAUCUUUGGGCUAUGUCAGGGGGCAUUGAGUUCAUUUCAAAGUGAAGAUAUUUAGAGGUGGCAUUAUGCAAAAAAUGAUUAAUAGUAAUUUUCCUCUGUGAUUUGAUUCCAAAUUACCUGAAUUACUGUUAUUUCAUUUUUUAAUUAGAGUUUGCUUCAAAAGUUCAGAGCUUAAUGAAUUAUAGAAAUGGUUAGCAACAAGACAUUACCGAUUUUAAUAUUGCACAGCUUUCAUUAUUAAACUCAAGUCCUCGAGAACAUCUUAAAGCUAGUUUGAGUUGUAUAUAUAUAAAAAAAAUAUAUAUAUAUAUAAUGAUUAGAGAUUAUGUUGAUGUUUUAACAGUAAAUGAAUCCAUGUGUGCUGAACAACACGAUUGUGGUAAUUUAUAGACCGUAAACCUCUAUCUUAUUUUAUUUCUUAUUAAAGUAUAUGUGUGCAUUUAGAUAAAGCAAACUUGCCAAAAUCUCUGUUCUCUUAUCCAUUACAGAACCAUUAUGGAGAUGUGGAAUAUGGACAUUACACAGCAUACUGUAAAAAUACAGCAACCAAACAAUGGCAUGCCUACGAUGAUAUGAAGUGCUCUGAAAUUGCAGAAGCAGCUGUACAAACGUCCUCGGCAUACAUACUCUUUUACACCAACCAAGCAUUUGGAUUGACAAAAACAUUCACCUCAUCUUCGUAAAAUCAACUGCUGAAGCUUCUGUUGAAAGUUACUUCCUAAUAAAACACUUCUCAUGCACAUGUGAUACAUACUUUUGUAACAUAUAUCUCUUAAAGGGACAUCGAUUUGGGAAAAGUAAACUGUUUGCAAUCUAUAUAAGUUACUUUGCAUUUAUCUCUCACAUGAAUAAAUAUAUACACACACAAUCACAUACAAACAAACAUUAGGCACUCAUAUGACAAUCAAAACAAAUACUUUAUAGUGGUACCAUUUCGCAGAGCACUUGCUCCAGGUAUAAGAGUUAAUAGCUCCCGACUGAUUCCUCUCUUGCAACUACCCUUACCUUUUGUGUCACUUUACCCCACUCCCUCUAGCAUGUAAGCUCAUUGAGCAGGGCCCUCAGUCCCUCAGUCCCUCUGUUCCUGUGUGUCCAAAUUGUCUGGUUACAACUACAUGUCUGUUCGACCACCCACUGUAAAGCGCUGCAGAAUUUGUCGGCGCUAUAUAAAUAAUAACAUAAUGACAAUGAUAAGAAGGUAAAUAGACAGCAACCUGUGCUAUAUUAAAUCAUGAGAACAGACAACUCACAAGGCCCUCGGGCAAUAGGAGAUCAAGGUCCCUCCACCUGGUGCAAGUUUUCUGGCUACUAUUAUUUUCUUCCCCCAUCUUUUUGCAGCUGUCACACAGAUAUUUUGUGCACGCUGUCCAG